UACCAGGACCUGCAGGACUCCAUGACGGACGCGCUGGUCAAUGACAAGCCACAAUUUGUGCGCCUCUUCACCGAGAACGGACUAAACAUCCUGGACUACCUGACCUACGGGCGGCUGGAGAGCCUCUACCGCUCGGUGGCCGACAGCUCUCUAGCCUACGCCCUGCUGCAGCGCCGCCUAGGGGAGCGCCAGGGUAUGACAGGUUCGCAGGCCAUUCUGCUGGAUGUCUCUCCCGCCAAAGGGUCCGGUGGGUCGCCGGGGGGCCUGCGGCCUGCAAAUAAGUUCAGUUUGUUUGAGGUAAGAGAUUCGUGUUUUUAGGAAAUGUUUAUUAAAUGUACUAAUUUCAAGUACAGUGCAUACAGUGCAUUCGGAAAGUAUUCAGACCCCUUGACUUUUGUUACGUUACAGCCUUAUUCUAAAAUUGAUUAAAUCGUUUUUUCCCUCCCGAGUGGCGCAGCAGUCUAAGGCACUGCAUCUCAGUGCUUGAGGCGUCACUACAGACCCCCUGGUUCGAUUCCAGGCUGUAUCACAACCGGCCGUGAUUGGGAGUCCCAUAGGGCGGUGCACAAUUGGCCCAGCGUCGUCCAGGUUUGGCCGGUGUAGGCCGUCAUUGUAAAUAAGAAUUUGUUCUUAACUGUCUUGCCUAGUUAAAUACACAAUACCCCAUAAUGAAAAAGCAAAAACAGGUUGUAAGAAUUUUUUCACAAGUAAGUAUUCAGACCCUUUAGUCAGUACUUUGCUGAAGCAGCUUUGGCAGCGAUUACAGCCUUGAUUCUUCUUGGGUAUGACGCUACAAGCUUGGCACACCUGUAUUUGGGGAGUUUCUCCAGUUCUGCUCUGCAGAUCCUCUCAAGCUCUGUUAGGUUGGAUGGGAGCGUCGCUGCACAGCUAUUUUCAGGUCUCUCCAGAGAUGUUAGAUCUGGUUCAAGUCCAGGCUCUGGCUGGGCCACUCAAGGACAUUCAGAGACUUGUCCCGAAGCCACUCCUGCGUUGUGUUCGCUGUGUGCUUAGGGUCGUUGUCAUGUUGGAAGGUGAACCUUCGACCCAGUCUGAGGUCCUGAGCGCUCUGGAGCAAGUUUUCAUCAAUGAUCUCUCUGUACUUUGCUCCGUUCAUCUUUCCCUUGAUCCUGCCUAGUCUGCCAGUCCCUGCCGCUGAAAAAUAUCCCCACAGCAUGGUGCUACCACCACCAUACUACACCGUAGGGAUUGUGCCAUGUUUCCUCCAGACGUGACACUUGGUAUUCAGGCCAAAGAGUUCAAUCUUGGUUUCAUCAGACCAGAUAAUCUUGUUUCUCAUGUUCUGAGAUUCUUGAGGUGCCUUUUGGCAAACUCCAAGCGUGCUGUCAUGUGCCUUUUACUGAGGAGUGGCUUCUGUCUGGCCACUCUACCAUAAAGGCCUGAUUGGUGGAGUGCUGCAUAGAUGGUUGUCCUUCUGGAAGGGGCUGUUUUUCAUGGUUCAGGCCCCUUAGUUACAGCAUACAAUGACAUUAUAGACGAUUCUGUGCUUCCAACUUUGUGGCAACAGUUUGGGCAAGGCCCAUACAGAAUUGGUUUGUCGAGAUCGGUGUGGAAGAACUUGACUGGCCUGCACAGAGCCCUGACCUCAACCCCAUCGAACACCUUUGGGAUGAAUUGUAACGCCGACUGUCAGCCAGGCCUAAUCGCCCAACAUCAGUGCCUGACCUCACUAAUGCUCUUGGCUGAAUGGAAACAAGUCCCUGCAGCAAUGUUCCAACAUCUAGUGAAAAGCCUUCCCAGAAGAGUGCAGGCUGUUAUAGCAGCAAAGGCGGGACCAACUCCAUAUUACUGCCCAUGAUUUUGGAAUGAGAUGUUCGAUGAGCAGGUGUCCACUUUUGAUCAUGUAGUGUACUUUGGUUGGGUUUGCACUUUUGGGUUCCAUUGCACCAGGCAAGCUCAUUCAGGUGAAUGAAAAGGAAUACUAUUUUAAUCUAGUUCUGGGGGGUUAGGUUUUUCUGUUAGAUUUGGAAAUGCUUAGUUGUGGAUCAUGGCUGUGUGAAAACAGCACUUGCUGUUAUUUGAAAUGGACAUGACAAAACAUCUGCAUGCUUUUAAUAUGAUUUAUCCAUCCUUCCUCAUUCUCCUUUUCUUGUCAUAUUAUCUUACCCCUCCAUCUUGUCCACCACCUUGUCCUCUCUCCCUUUAUUCUCAGGUGUCAAGAGUCCUGGAGGACUUGAUGGGGGAUGUGUGUCAGCCAUUUUACCACGCACCACUGGAACUGGAGAACAUCACCUCCCAGAGAAAGGCUCUCAAGGUGUACUCUCAAUUACAUAGAUUUUCCUCUCUCUUUCUUUCGUUUUGCAUAGUUUAUAUUUUUCUUCAUUUCCCCCCAUUUUCUCCUUGUAUUCACUCUUUGUGGGCUUUGUAUUUUGAUACGUGUAAAUUAAAUGGCAUAUUUGGUCCAAGAUAUUUAAAUUCUUUAUUGGAAUCUCUCUCUCUCUCUCUCUCUCUCUCUCUCUCUCUCUCUCUCUCUCUCUCUCUCUCUCUCUCUCUUCCUCACCCUCCCCCCAUCUCUCUAUCCCCCUCUCUCUCUCUCCCAUCCCCCUCUCCCUUUCUCUCAGCGUGUGAGUAAGUUGUUGCGGGGCAACUGUGUGUACCGGGACAAGCGCUGUCUCUUUCCCUGGGCUAGUCUCUUCGUCUGGGCUGUGCUGCAGAACCGCAACGACAUGGCCGUCUUCUUCUGGGAGAUGGCAGGCGAGUCAGUCCUCAGUGCUCUGAGCGGCUGUAAGAUCCUACGGGAGCUGUCCAAGCUGGAGAGCCAGACGGAGACCAAGCUGGCCAUGAAGGAGCUAGCGCAAAGGUUCGAGAACCUGGCUCACGGUGAGACGAGAGGAUAAACAUUUGGAAUAGAAACAUGAAAAGUGAUAAUGGAGAGGUUGUUAUGUCAUUUCGUCCAUAUAAAGGUUGAAAAGCGGAAAACAGUGCAGAGCCUGGUGUAGUGGUAACACUCCUCGCUCUCAUCUCACAUGCGACUCCCCGCCGGAGACCAGGGGCUCUAUUUUAACAACCCUAACGCAAUGGUUAAUCAAAGCACUGGUGGUAGCGCUAUAGGUUCGGGGCUGUGCCAGAAAUAUUGUUGCUAUUUUCACAAUCAUAAUUAUGGACGCAGUUGCUGGCGGUGGCGCGAAAGUGCUGGGUUUUGAUGAAUAAACUAUACGGCUUGGCCCCUCACUGGCCAAUCAGAACCUGCUCCAUGGCUAAAUAUGUGGUUGCUUCAAGUUGUGUAUUUACGGUCUUUCAUGUAUUGCGUUGUCAUCAACUCCAAUUCGAAUGUUAGUCCGUUAUUGCCUUGUUCGUUAAAUAGCCUGCCCCAUAUUUGCAAAAUAUAUUGAACAUGUUUGCAGUCCACAAUGUUCUAAUUGCAUUGCUUCAAUACGGAAAUACAUUGUUAAAAAUAUGCUAUAGCAGUCACACUGAUAUAUGGGCUAGGCCUACUGUAAAUUGCAGUCUGUGGACAUGCCAAACGUAGUCAAUGAGCAAGAUUAAAUUCACUAGGCCUGAAAAGACAGUAUAUAAUUCUAAUCAAAUUCUAAUAAAAACAAAACAAAAACUUGUUUUAAAUAGGCUAAAUACAGUUAGAGGCACCAUAAUUGUUCCCCGUGGGCGUAUAAUACAGACAAGGCAACUUAUAUAUCCAAACUUUUCACAGGAGCUGGGUAAAGAUCCAAUAUAAUGAGAAAGGGGGAAUGUCUACUCACCUUUAUACUGCUCCCAAAUAUAAUGUUUUAUAAACAUUGGAACCAUCUUACAGAUCGCAUACACACUUCUCCAGAAGUUGCAUUGCAUGCACGCCACAGAUGUUCUCACCAGGACGGUGAUUCAUGUUGGGUUAAUGAAGGAACCCAGUCCCGCUCCUCGCACCAAUCAAGUGGUGCGUGUCGCCAGUCCGGUCCGGCCCGUUCCUGAUUCCCGCACUAAGCCAGUGGUGGGUGUUCCCAGUAUGGUUCGGCCCGUCCCUGCUCCUCGCAUCAAGCCAGUGGUGCGCGUCGCCAGCCCGGCCCGGCCUGUUCCUGCCCCGUGCACCAAGCCAGUGGUGCGCGUCGCCAGCCCGGUCUGACCUGUUACUGUCCCUCGCACCAAGCCAGUGGUGUGUGUCGCCAGCCCGGCCCGGCCUGUUCCUGCUCCCCGCACCAGGCCAGUGGUGUGCGUCGCCAGUCCGGUACGGCCCGUUCCUGCUCCCCGCACCAAGCCAGUGGUGCGCGUCGUCAGCCCAGUCCGGACCGUUCCUGCUCCCCGCACCAAGCCAGUCGUGCGCGUCGUCAGCCCAGUCCGGCCCGUUCCUGCUCCCCGCACCAAGCCAGGGAUGCGCGUCGUCAGCCCAGUCCGGCCCGUUCCUGCUCCCCGCACCAAGCCAGUGGUGCGUGUGUCCAGUCCGGCGCGGCCCGUGCCUGUUCCACUGGUGCCUGGUCCAGCUCCGGUCAGCGGCUCCACUCCGGAGCCAGAGCAAUCCGCUCCACCGGGGUCCAGUCCAGCUCUGGCCAGCGGCUCCACUCCGGAGCCGGAUCCGCCUCCGAGGCGGAAUGCCCACCCGGCCCCUACCCUGUUAGGUUUAUGUGGCGCGGUCAGAGUCCGCACCUUUGGUGGGGGUGGGGGGGGGGGGUACUGUCACGCCCUGACUCUAGGGACUUGUAUUGGUUGAGUCAGGGUGUGUAUUUUCUGUGUUGGGUUUGUCUAUGUUAGUUUCUAGAUCGUUUAGAUCUAUGUUGGCCAGGGUAGUUCCCAAUCAGAGGCAGCUGUAGCUCGUUGUCUCUGAUUGGGGACAAUACUUAGGCAGCCUUUUGGCACCUGUUAGUUGUGGGAUCUUGUUCCGUGUAAGGUAUGUUGUGUGUAUGCUACCUUGGACUUCACGUUUCGUUUGUUGUUUUGUCGUGGUGUUUAUUCGUUAAAUAAACAUGUAUGCUUAUCACGCUGCCCCUUGGUCCUUCUCAUUCGUAAACGAUCGUGACAGAUAGCCUACAGAGGGCUUGGGUUUUGAACAUAUGAAAUGGAAAACAAACAAUUGUUACAGGAAAAUAACUUCUAAAAAGGUUCACCGAUAUUCACCGAGGAGGUUCUGUAGCCUACAUCAUGGAGGGGAUUUUAUGUACGUCCAAAACUGGAGCUGCAUCGCUAAAAUAUUGUAGGCCUUUAAAUCUGUCCCUGUAGAUGUAUUCAGUAAGUGUUACCAGAGCAGUGAGAGUCGCUCCUUCACCCUGCUGAUCAGGAAGUCUCCCGUGUGGGGAGGGACCACCUGUCUAAAGAUGGGCAUGGCCGCCGACGCCCGCCUCUUCUUCAGCCAUGAUGGAGUGCAGGUCUGUCUGUCUGUCUGUCUGGCUGGCUGGUUGGCUGGCUGGUUGGCUUGUCUGUCUUGUCUGUCUGUCUACUUGGCUGGGCUAUUCUGCCUUCUAAUUAAACAAAACAUUUCAACCUGCGUAUUCUUUUCACCGUCUGUAAUCAUAUUUCACUGUGUCUGGGAUUCUCCAGAUGUGCAUAGAAUGUAACCAUGUACAUUUGAAGUUGCAUGCAGGAGCAUAACAUGAUAUCAUAGGCUACAAUAGAAUGAAUCAAUUGCAAACCUAGACAUCUCUUGCCUCCCCUCCAGUCUCUCCUGUCUCAGAUCUGGUGGGGGGAUAUGAAGAGGAGCACGGAGGUGUGGAAACUCCUCCUCACCUUCUUCUGUCCCGUUCUGAUGUACACCCAGCUCAUCUCCUUCAGGUACCUUUAGUACCUCCUCCACAUCCACCUCUGUCUGGUAGUGUCUGUUCUCUGUGCACUCUGGGCUGUUCUUUUCUGACCCAGAUUAAAAACAUGCUCAAUCGAGAAUCUCCAUUUGUGUUUGGAAAACUCUUCCUCUCUGUGUGCUUUUCUUUCUGCCCCUCCCUAUUAUCACUAGCAAUGUGCGGGAUUAAGUCGCUGAUUACGUAAACCAUGCAUUGAUGUCAAUGGUUAGGAUUUGGCCCUCAGUACCUUAGUUUCAAAGUUAUUUAUACUUUCAACUCUGUCUUUCACAGGGAACUGGAGGAGCCGGGGAAGCCUGAUGAGGUUGCGCAGGGUAGAGACAAUGACAGCCUUUAUGGAGAGACAAUUUUCUCCUUCUCUGACAUCAAGCACAUGUAACUUUCCCUCUAAAAACCCAAUUAUAUUGUUGUGUGUGUGUUAAAUUUUGUACAUACUGUAUGUCUCACUACAUGUUUGCUUUCUUCUCUGUGUUUUGUGCACAUGUUAUGUGUUUGCAUGUGCAUAUACAGUGGGGAAAAAAGUAUUUAGUCAGCCACCAAUUGUGCAAGUUCUCCCACUUAAAAAGAUGAGAGAGCCCUGUAUUUUUCAUCAUAGGUACACGUCAACUACGACAGACAAAAUGAGAAAACAAAUCCAGAAAAUCACAUUGUAGGAUUUUUAAUGAAUUUAUUUGCAAGUGAUGGUGGAAAAAUAAAUAUUUGGUCACCUACAAACAAGCAAGAUUUCUGGCUCUCACAGACCUGUAACUUCUUCUUUAAGAGGCUCCUCUGUCCUCCACUCGUUACCUGUAUUAAUGGCACCUGUUUGAACUUGUUAUCAGUAUAAAAGACACCUGUCCACAACCUCAAACAGUCACACUCCAAACUCCACUAUGGCCAAGACCAAAGAGCUGUGAAAGGACACCAGAAACAAAAUUGUAGACCUGCACCAGGCUGGGAAGACUGAAUCUGCAAUAGGUAAGCAGCUUGGUUUGAAGAAAUCAACUGUGGGAGCAAUUAUUAGGAAAUGGAAGACAUACAAGACCACUGAUAAUCUCCCUCGAUCUGGGGCUCCACGCAAGAUCUCACCCCGUGGGGUCAAAAUGAUCACAAGAACGGUGAGCAAAAAUCCCAGAACCACACGGGGGGACCUAGUGAAUGACCUGCAGAGAGCUGGGACCAAAGUAACAAAGCCUACCAUCAGUAACACACUACGCCGCCAGGGACUCAAAUCCUGCAGUGCAAGACAUGUCCCCCUGCUUAAGCCAGUACAUGUCCAGGCCCAUCUGAAGUUUGCUAGAGUGCAUUUGGAUGAUCCAGAAGAGGAUUGGGAGAAUGUCAUAUGGUCAGAUGAAACCAAAAUAGAACUUUUUGGUAAAAACUCAACUCGUCGUGUUUGGAGGACAAAGACUGCUGAGUUGCAUCCAAAGAACACCAUACCUACUGUGAAGCAUGGGGGUGGAAACAUCAUGCUUUGGGGCUGUUUUUCUGCAAAGGGACCAGGACGACUGAUCCGUGUAAAGGAAAGAAUGAAUGGGGCCAUGUAUCGUGAGAUUUUGAGUGAAAACCUCCUUCCAUCAGCAAGGGCAUUGAAGAUGAAACGUGGCUGGGUCUUUCAGCAUGACAAUGAUCCCAAACACACUGCCCGGGCAACGAAGGAGUGGCUUCGUAAGAAGCAUUUCAAGGUCCUGGAGUGGCCUAGCCAGUCUCCAGGUCUCAACCCCAUAGAAAAUCUUUGGAGGGAGUUGAAAGUCCGUGUUGCCCAGCGACAGCCCCAAAACAUCACUGCUCUAGAGGAGAUCUGCAUGGAGGAAUGGGCCAAAAUACCAGCAACAGUGUGUGAAAACCUUGUGAAGACUUACAGAAGACGUUUGACCUGUGUCAUUGCCAACAAAGGGUAUAUAACAAAGUAUUGAGAAACUUUUGUGAUUGACCAAAUACUUAUUUUCCACCAUAAUUUGCAAAUAAAUUCAUAAAAAAUCCUACAAUGUGAUUUUCUGGAUUUUUCUUCCUCAUUUUGUCUGUCAUAGUAGACGUGUACCUAUGAUGAAAAUUACAGGCCUCUCUCAUCUUUUUAAGUGGGAGAACUUGCACAAUUGGUGGCUGACUAAAUACUUUUUUUCCCCUCUGUACCUACUAUACCAUUUGUUACUAUGCAAUUAUACAGUGUUUUCCACUAGUGCCGGCUGUCGGCUAUACAGCUGAUUACAGACUCAUUUUCAACCAGCUACUUUUUCCACUUAAAUUAAUUAGGCUACUAGCAUUUCGCUAGUCAGAAAAAGCUCUGCGGAGCCCUCUCCCACUAGAAUGAACAAUAUGCAUCUAAUAGCGAUCUAUUGUGGCGGCAGGUAGCUUAGUGGGUAAGAGCGUUGUGCCAGUAACCGAAAGGUUGCUGGUUCUAAUCCCCAAGCUGACUAGGUGAAAAAUCUGUCGAUGUGCCCUUAAGCAAGGCACUUAACCCUAAUUGCUCCUGUAAGUCGCUCUGGAUAAGAGCGUCUGCUAAAUGACUAAAAUGUAAAUGUAAAUGUCUAUUGACAGGACAGGCGCUUGUCAGUCACAAAGUGAGCAAUUACAAGGAAACACUGCUGGUUUGACAGUCUGCUCUCACUGGGCACACACUGGUUUAAUCAAUUUCGUGUCCACGUCAUUUCAAGGAAAUUAUGUUGAACCAACAUGGAAUAGACGUUGAAUUGACAUCUGUGCCCAGUUGGCUGUCUGUCCCGCCUCCGUACCUGGAGGAGAGAGCAUGAAUUUGCACAUCCCAUAUAAUGUGAGUGAAUUUGUACGUCCCAUAUAAUGUGGUAACGAUGAGUCGAAAUCCAAUUAGGCUAUUGUUUUCUGGCACAUUCACUUAUUUUGUUUUGCGUGCAGGGUCUAACAUUAACGAUGGCCCACUGGCCUGGGGCCAGUAAAAACAUGUCGGGCCCGUGGAUCUCGUCAGCCACUGGCCCGACAUGCUAUUUGUAUUUGAGCAAUAUGAUUGGACGUUCAUUCAAGCACCACCACGCUCACGUGAGUCACAAUUUCUUGAGAAGUACAGAAGUUGAUGCCUUCACACAGCACACGCAAGCUGUCCAGAGCAAAAAGAAGCGCCUAUCAAUCUACUCGUUUAUUUAUUUGAGAUAAAGUGAUAUACAAAAGUAAACCUUCAAUGGUGAACGUACUAGCAAUAUGCUGGCUACUGUUGAUAGUCUGCAAAAAGAAAGCUACAAAAAAAACACCUAGCAUUCGGCUUGGCUAGCCUACUGUAGCCAUGUCAAUAUAUAUUUUGGAAAGUGUGUAUUGAAAGGGGCAGCAUCCUAUUUUCAAAUCUUCUCAGAAUUACAUGCUUUAUAAACAAAAAUGUAUGCAAUUAAUACAAUGCAAUUCUAAAGAAUAGAGUAAUGACUUGCAUUGCUAAAUUAUAUUACACAGCUUUUUAAUACAUAUCAUAAUAACCAAAUGUAGCCUAUUAAUAGCUGAAUAUAGAGAGAAAGCAUGCCAACCUAUAGGCUUUGCAUGACCCGAAUGCAUUUAAGAACUACACCAUGUCCGGGACAGUAGAAAUUCUGUUUGGGCCAGUAAGUUUUUGGCCUACUGGCCUGACCGGGCCAUUGAUAAAAAUGUUCACGUUCAAACCCUGUCGUGUUUCAUAUGCAGCCAUGUAGUGGUGGCACAUGUGCUUUUUACUGUGCUUUGAUUGAUGAACAGCAAGCUUGACAAGUUUCUAAAAGUUGUCGAACUGACUGAAUAAAGUCGUUCUCAUAUAUCCUUGCCAUUCAUAAAUCUUACAACGCAGGUAUAUGUCCAUGGUAUCGCAUCGGGACAAGUAAACUAAAGAUGUAGUUUAUAUUUUUGAUAUACCGUGCCUAUAGAAAGUGUACAUCCCGUGAACUUUUUUUCACAUUUUGCUGCCUUAAAAUUAAAUCUAAAAUAUAUUUUCUUCCUACAGAUCUACACAACCUGAAAGAAAGUUAUAGAUUCUACCAACUUUGCACAAGUCUUAGCGCAACAUACAGUGUGGAAAAAAAGUAUUUAGUCAGCCACCAAUUGUGCAAGUUCUCCCACUUAAAAAGAUGAGAGAGGCCUGUAAUUUUCAUCAUAGGUACACGUCAACUAUGACAGACAAAUUGAGAGAAAACAAUUCCAGCAAAUCACAUUGUAGGAUUUUUAAUGAAUUUAUUUGCAAAUUAUGGUGGAAAAUAAGUAUUUGGUCACCUACAAACAAGCAAGAUUUCUGGCUCUCACAGACCUGUAACUUCUUCUUUAAGAGGCUCCUCUGUCCUCCACUCGUUACCUGUAUUAAUGGCACCUGUUUGAACUUGUUAUCAGUAUAAAAGACACGUGUCCACAACCUCAAACUGUCACACUCCAAACUCCACUAUGGCCAAGACCAAAGAGCUGUCAAAGGACACCAGAAACAAAAUUGUAGACCUGCACCAGGCUGGGAAGACUGAAUCUGCAAUAGGUAAGCAGCUUGGUUUGAAGAAAUCAACUGUGGGAGCAAUUAUUAGGAAAUGGAAGACAUACAAGACCACUGAUAAUCUCCCUCGAUCUGGGGCUCCACGCAAGAUCUCACCCCGUGGGGUCAAAAUGAUCACAAGAACGGUGAGCAAAAAUCCCAGAACCACACGGGGGGAACAAGUGAAUGACCUGCAGAGAGCUGGGACCAAAGUAACAAAGCCUACCAUCAGUAACACACUACGCCGCCAGGGACUCAAAUCCUACAGUGCCAGAUGUGUCCCCCUGCUUAAGCCAGUACAUGUCCAGGCCCGUCUGAAGUUUGCUAGAGUGCAUUUGGAUGAUCCAGAAGAGGAUUGGGAGAAUGUCAUAUGGUCAGAUGAAACCAAAAUAUAACUUUUUGGUAAAAACCCAACUUGUCGUGUUUGGAGGACAAAGACUGCUGAGUUGCAUCCAAAGAACACCAUACCUACUGUGAAGCAUGGGGGUGGAAACAUCAUGCUUUGGGGCUGUUUUUCUGCAAAGGGACCAGGACGACUGAUCCGUGUAAAGGAAAGAAUGAAUGGGGCCAUGUAUCGUGAGAUUUUGAGUGAAAACCUCCUUCCAUCAGCAAGGGCAUUGAAGAUGAAACGUGGCUGGGUCUUUCAGCAUGACAAUGAUCCCAAACACACCGCCCGAGCAACGAAGGAGUGGCUUCGUAAGAAGCAUUUCAAGGUCCUGGAGUGGCCUAGCCAGUCUCCAGAUCUCAACCCCAUAGAAAAUCUUUGGAGGGAGUUGAAAGUCCGUGUUGCCCAGCGACAGCCCCAAAACAUCACUGCUCUAGAGGAGAUCUGCAUGGAGGAAUGGGCCAAAAUACCAGCAACAGUGUGUGAAAACCUUGUGAAGACUUACAGAAAACGUUUGACCUGUGUCAUUGCCAACAAAGGGUAUAUAACAAAGUAUUGAGCAACUUUUGUUAUUGACCAAAUACUUAUUUUCCACCAUAAUUUGCAAAUAAAUUCAUAAAAAAUCCUACAAUGUGAUUUUCUGGAUUUUAUUUCUUCUCAUUUUGUCUGUCAUAGUUGACGUGUACCUAUGAUGAAAAUUACAGGCCUCUCUCAUCUUUUUAAGUGGGAGAACUUGCACAAUUGGUGGCUGACUAAAUACUUUUUUCCCCCACUGUAUAUCCAACGUUUAUGCCGAAAUUGCUCAGCCUCAGUAAAUUUGGUUGGGGAUCAUUGAUGGGCAGCGACGAAACCUUGUCUCUGAUUUUUAAGCAGAUUUAAGUCAGGACUGAGACUACACCACUCAGGAACACUCAACACCUCUUGGAAAGCCAUUCUGGUGUAUAUUCUGCAUAAAAACGUGUGUAAUUGUCCCGAAGAAAAAUAAAACCCUAGCAAUACACUGUAUUAACACAGUUUCAGUAAUUUAAACACAAUACCACAACUGAUUUUUCCAAUCUGGGAGGUAAACUCAAAAAGUAUUAAAUUUUUCGCUGUAUAUUUCGGAUGGAAUCAAGCCAUUAGAAUGUACCAAAGGACAGCAAAAUACAGCUUGUUCUGCAAAAAUCUGUGGCCCGGUGGACAAAUAGGCAAAUUUUUCAUUUUGGCUGGCUACUCCAUGUGCUUGUGGAAAACACUGACUAUUUGAAUGGACAUCAAUGUAAUGCCUCAUUGCAAUCUUAUAUUUUUACUUCAGUGAACAUCAUACACAGGGUCCUAAUAGUCCCAGAUAUCCUCUAAAAGGUGAGUAAAAUAUUACAUUCUCUCAUAUCUCCAUUUCUCUAUUUUCUCCAAUUUCCCUCUCACUCAUAGAGCUCCAUACACUGCAAAUCUACCAAGCCAUACAAACCCAUCAAGUCAUAGGUUAAUAAUUGCUACAUUUCUUCAGCAUGCUUCAGUUCAGAAUGUUGUCUAGCAGGUUUCAACAUUCUGCAUCAAGCUAUUAUUGAUUUUGUGCUUCAUGAAUGCUUUAAGUUGUUCUAAAGUUCUAGACUUAAGAGUCUGUUAUAUACCUGAAACAGGUCUAUUGGUUUUGUAAUGGUACAGUAGUACUGGAUAUAAAUGUAUGUGUACAUUAUUGCUUUAUGUAAAUGGUUGUGCAGUAGUUCCGUAUUUAUAUGUACACCUUUCUCUGGUUCUUUAGGCAGGCCCAACACCCCACCUAAAAGGCCUUUUGUGGUAUCCCGAUGGCGGCAGUUUUGGUUCGCACCCGUCACUUCCUUUUUAGGCAACGUUCUGAUGUACUUCCUGUUCCUCCUGCUGUUUGCCUACGUGCUAUUGGUGGACUUUAAGCCGCCGCCCCCGCGAGGCCCCGCUAUCGCCGAGUGUGUGUUGUACUUCUGGGUGUUCACAAUCGUCUGUGAGGAGAUCCGAGAGGUGGGAAGAGAAAGAUGACUGAAGGAAGUGUUUCUCAAUCCUGGUCCUGGAUUGUUUUAGCCCUUGCAGCACUAACACACUUGAUUCAACUAAUCAAAUCAUCAUCAAGCCUUUAGUUGAAUCAGGUGUCUUAGUGCUAGGGCAAAAACUCCAGGAUCAGGAUUGCGUCCCUAGAACCAGGAUAUACUGCAUUGUUAUUGCCCCUGCAUAAGAAAAUGGCCUGCAGUUGACUUCAGAGGCAAAAACCCUAACCCUAACUUAUAUACGGGUGUAUUGUCAUGUGUACAGUGUCUACAUACAGUGGGGAAAAAAAGUAUUUAGUCAGCCACCAAUUGUGCAAGUUCUCCCACUUAAAAAGAUGAGAGAGGCCUGUAAUUUUCAUCAUAGGUACACGUCAACUAUGACAGACAAAUUGAGAAAAAAAAUCCGGAAAAUCACAUUGUAAGAUUUUUUAUUAAUUUAUUUGCAAAUUAUGGUGGAAAAUAAGUAUUUGGUCACCUACAAACAAGCAAGAUUUCUGGCUCUCACAGACCUGUAACUUCUUCUUUAAGAGGCUCCUCUGUCCUCCACUCGUUACCUGUAUUAAUGGCACAUGUUAUCAGUAUAAAAGACACCUAUCCACAACCUCAAACAGUCACACUCCAAACUCCACUAUGGCCAAGACCAAAGAGCUGUCAAAGGACACCAGAAACAAAAUUGUAGACCUGCACCAGGCUGGGAAGACUGCAUCUGCAAUAGGUAAGCAGCUUGGUUUGAAUAAAUCAACUGUGGGAGCAAUUAUUAGGAAAUGGAAGACAUACAAGACCACUGAUAAUCUCCCUCGAUCUGGGGCUCCACGCAAGAUCUCACCCCGUGGGGUCAAAAUGAUCACAAGAACGGUGAGCAAAAAUCCCAGAACCACACGGGGGGAACAAGUGAAUGACCUGCAGAGAGCUGGGACCAAAGUAACAAAGCCUACCAUCAGUAACACACUACGCCGCCAGGGACUCAAAUCCUACAGUGCCAGAUGUGUCCCCCUGCUUAAGCCAGUACAUGUCCAGGCCCGUCUGAAGUUUGCUAGAGUGCAUUUGGAUGAUCCAGAAGAGGAUUGGGAGAAUGUCAUAUGGUCAGAUGAAACCAAAAUAUAACUUUUUGGUAAAAACUCAACUCGUUGUGUUUUGAGGACAAAGAAUGCUGAGUUGCAUCCAAAGAACACCAUACCUACUGUGAAGCAUGGGGGUGGAAACAUCAUGCUAUGGGGCUGUUUUUCUGCAAAGGGACCAGGACGACUGAUCCGUGUAAAGGAAAGAAUGAAUGGGGCCAUGUAUCGUGAGAUUUUGUGUGAAAACCUCCUUCCAUCAGCAAGGGCAUUGAAGAUGAAUUGUGGCUGGGUCUUUCAGCAUGACAAUGAUCCCAAACACACCGCCCGGGCAACGAAGGAGUGGCUUCGUAAGAAUCAUUUCAAGGUCCUGGAGUGGCCUAGCCAGUCUCCAGAUCUCAACCCCAUAGAAAAUCUUUGGAGGGAGUUAAAAGUCUGUGUUGCCCAGCGACAGCCCCAAAACAUCACUGCUCUAGAGGAGAUCUGCAUGGAGGAAUGGGCCAAAAUACCAGCAACAGUGUGUGAAAACCUUGUGAAGACUUACAGAAAACGUUUGACCUGUGUCAUUGCCAACAAAGGGUAUAUAACAAAGUAUUGAGACACUUUUGUUAUUGACCAAAUACUUAUUUUCCACCAUAAUUUGCAAAUAAAUUCAUUAAAAAUCCUACAAUGUGAUUUUCUGGAAUUUUUUUUCUCAUUUUGUCUGUCAUAGUUGACGUGUACCUAUGAUGCAAAUUACAGGCCUCUCUCAUCUUUUUAAGUGGGAGAACUUGCACAAUUGGUGGCUGACUAAAUACUUUUUUUCCCCACUGUAUGUCAUGUUUAUACAUUAUUAACUCUUUAUGGCACUUUUAAUGGUUGUAAGACUUAAUUUAGCUAACUAGCAAUAUCGAUUAGCAAUUAGCUAUCUACCCUCACCCUGGAUGACUGGGACUUACUUACAGUAACUAUAUGUUCUUACUGGAGGUAACAGUGUUUGAUUGACCCCAUGUCAUCUCUUAUCCCAGACGUUCUUAAUGGGCAGCAUGACGUGGCAUCAGAGAAUGAGGAAGUAUGUCCAGGACGUUUGGAACAAGUGUGUCCUCACCGCCGUCAUACUCUUCAUCAUAGGCCUCACCUGCAGGUGGGCAACAAGAUUUCACAGCAGCGAUAGUCCAGAGAUAUAGGCCCUGUUUGAAUACUUAAAAAAAUACACCCUUCCUUCAUUCUUUCCUUGAGGAAAUCGCUGAUUUGUAAACACAAUGGGGUGGACACCAUGUUUGAACUUAUCCUCUCCCUUAUAGGUCAGGUUACCUAAAGGAAAAGACGAAGGAAUGAUGCAUUUUUAAGGUAUAUGAACAGGGCCAAUGUCUAACAAUAUAAUAAUAUGCCAUUUAGCAGACGCUUUUAUCCAAAGCGACUUACAGUCAUGCGUGCAUACAUUUUUGUGUAUGGGUGGUCCCGGGGAUCGAACCCACUACCUUGGCGUUAUAAGCGCCGUGCUCUACCAGUUGAGCUACAGAGGACCAUAAACUGGGAGUUAUGAGUUUGUUGUCAUCCGUCAAGGUAUCAUUCUCUGAUCAUGGAAAAAAAAAACAUACAAAGGGAGCCACACAAUUAUCCCCCUCUUAUUCCUAGUGCACAUAAACAGGCCUGUAUUCACAAUGAAUAAGAGUGCUGAUUAUAGGAUCAGUUUAGCCUUUUAGACCAUAAUGAUUAAGAUUAUAUGGACGGGGUGGACCUGAUCCUUGAUCAGCACUCCUACCCUAAAACGGGCCCAACUUUUCCACAUGUGGACAUUGAUGAGGGUGCUUUUGUCCUUGGGACCAAAUUAUACUCCCACAUGGUUCAGUGUGCUAUGAAUGCUGAAUCCAGCUAACACUCCCUAGACACUCCUGCAGAUAUUAGAAGAAUGGUUAGGUUGAAGCAAUAUAAUAAUUGCUUUACCUUCACCUUUGAUAAGCUAGGUGGAAUUUCCAUCAUUGCUUACACCUAUCCAUUAUUUUCAGCUUUACAGGAGUGCCUUGGCAUAUUUGGAAUUAAGCACCACUCUUAUCGUCUGAACAGGGUGAUAUUCAUUAGUUCACACCGUAGCAAAACUUAGCAAAACACUUUGCCAUGGAAAACGUAACUUAUUUGACAAGUUCAGAUUGUUCAGGUAGGUUUCUUCCAUUUGGUGCCUAAUGAAUACGACUCAGGGGUCAAUCUGUUUUCUUAUGUUAAUAAUGAGGUGGCUAGACCAGUUUUAGUCUUUAUGACUUCAUUUCUUUAUCAGCACUAUCAUGUGUGAUUUACAUGUAGGCAUAUUAUGUAUAUAUCAUAUUAUAGUAAUGGGUCUUUCUAUAAACUAGGGUACCAGUUAGGAUUUCCUACACUGGACAACUUGUUACAGCUGUUGAUAAGUCAUUGAUAAUAAUCUCUUUUUUUUUCUUAAUGUUAUUACAUGAAGAUAUAAGGGGGAUCAUAGCUAUAUUCAAUAAAAUUCAUGAGUUGAUUUAAAACCUACAGUGCCUUGCAAAAGUAUUCAUCCCCCUUGGCAUUUUUCCUAUUUUGUUGCAUUACAACCUGUAAUUUAAAUGGAUUUUUAUUUGGAUUUCAUGUAAUGGACAUACACAAAAUAGUCCAAAUUGGUGAAGUGAAAUGAAAAAAAUAACUUGUUUCAAAAAAUUCAAAAAAAUAAAUAACAGAAAAGUGAUGCAUGCAUAUGUAUUCACCCCCUUUGCUAUGAAGCCCCUAAAUUAGAUCUGGUGCAACCAAUUACCUUCAGAAGUCACAUAAUUAGUUAAAUAAAGUCCACCUGUGUGCAAUCUAAGUGUCAUAUGAUCUGUCACAUGAUCUCAGUAUACAGUGGGGGAAAAAAUUAUUUAGUCAGCCACCAAUUGUGCAAGUUCUCCCACUUAAAAAAUGAGAGAGGCCUGUAAUUUUCAUCAUAGGUACACAUCAACUAUGACAGACAAAUUGAGGGAAAAAAAGCUGGGACCAAAGUAACAAAGCCUACCAUCAGUAACACACACUACUCCACCAGGGACUCAAAUCCUGCAGUGCCAGACGUGUCCCCCUGCUUAAGCCAGUACAUGUCCAGGCCCGUCUGAAGUUUUCUAGAGUGCAUUUGGAUGAUCCAGAAGAGGAUUGGGAGAAUGUCAUAUGGUCAGAUGAAACCAAAAUAGAUCUUUUUGGUAAAAACUCAACUCGUCGUGUUUGGAGGACAAAGAAUGAUGAGUUGCAUCCAAAGAACACCAUACCUACUGUGAAGCAUGGGGGUGGAAACAUCAUGCUUUGGGGCUGUUUUUCUGCAAAGGGACCAGGACGACUGAUCCGUGUAAAGGAAAGAAUGAAUGGGGCCAUGUAUUGUGAGAUUUUGAGUGAAAACCUCCUUCCAUCAGCAAGGGCAUUGAAGAUGAAACGUGGCUGGGUCUUUCAGCAUGACAAUGAUCCCAAACACACCGCCCGGGCAACGAAGGAGUGGCUUCGUAAGAAGCAUUUCAAGGUCCUGGAGUGGCCUAGCCAGUCUCCAGAUCUUAACCCCAUAGAAAAUCUUUGGAAGGAGUUGAAAGUCUGUGUUGCCCAGCGACAGCCCCAAAACAUCACUGCUCUAGAGGAGAUCUGCAUGGAGGAAUGAGCCAAAAUAGCAGCAACAGUGUGUGAAAACCUUGUGAAGACUUACAGAAAACGUUUGACCUGUGUCAUUGCCAACAAAGGGUAUAUAACAAAGUAUUGAGAAACUUUUGUUAUUGACCAAAUACUUAUUUUCCACCAUAAUUUGCAAAUAAAUUCAUUAAAAAUCCUACAAUAUGAUUUUCUGGAUUUAUUUUUCUCAUUUUGUCUGUCAUAGUUGACGUGUACCUAUGAUGAAAAUUACAGGCCUCUCUCAUCUUUUUAAGUAGGAGAACUUGCACAAUUGGUGGCUGACUAAAUAUUUUUUUCCCCACUGUACAUACAUCUGUUCUGAAAGGCCCCAGAGUCUGCAACACCACUAAGCAAGGGGCACCACCCAGCAAGUGGCACCAUGAAGACCAAGCAACUCUCCAAACAGGUCAGGGACAAAGUGGAGAAGUACAGAUCAGGGUUGGAUUAUAAAAAAAUAUCCCAAACUUUGAUCAUCCCAUGGAGCACCAUUAAAUCCAUUAUAAAAAAAUUUAAACAAUAUGGCACCACAAGAAACCUGCCAAGAGAGGGCCGCCCACCAAAACUCACGGACCAGGCAAGGAGGACAUUAAUCAGAGAGGCAACAAAGAGACCAAAGAUAACCCUGCAGGAGCUGCAAAGCUCCACAGCGGAGAUUGGUGUAUCUGUCCAUACGGCCACUUUAAGACGUAUACUCCACAGAGCUGGGCUUUACGGAAGAGUGGCCAGAAAAAAAGCCAUUGUUUAAAGAAAAAAAUAAGCAAACACGUUUGGUGUUUGCCAAAAGGCAUGUGGGAGACUCCCCAAACAUAUGGAAAAGGUACUCUGGUCAGAUGAGACUAAAAUUGAGCUUUUUGGCCCUCUAGGAAAACGCUAUGUCUGGCGCAAACCCAACACAUCUCAUCACCCCGAGAACACCAUCCCCACAGUGAAGCAUGGAUGGCGCUAAAUACAGGGAAAUUCUUGAGGGAAACCUGUUUCAGUCUUCCAGAGAUUUGAGACUGGGACGGAGGUUCACCUCCAGCAGGACAAUGACCCUAAGCAUACUGCUAAAGCAACACUCGAGUGGUUUAAGGGGAAACAUUUAAAUGUCUUGGAAUGGCCUAGUCAAAGGCCAGACCUCAAUCCAAUUGAGAAUAUGUGGUAUGACUUAAAGAUUGCUGUACACCAGCGGAACCCAUCCAACUUGAAGGAGCUGCAGCAGUUUUUCCUUGAAGAAUGGGCAAGAAUCCCAGUGGCUAGAUGUGCCAAGCUUAUAGAGACAUACCCCAAGAGACUUGCAGCUGUAAUUGCUGCAAAAGGUGGCUCUACAAAGUAUGCCUACCACAAGUUCUGUUUUUUUGUCUUAUUUCUUGUUUGUUUCACAAAAAAAUGUAUUUAGCAUCGUCAAAGUGGUAGGCAUGUUGUGUAAAUCAAAUGAUACAAACCCCCCAAAAAUCUAUUUUAAUUCCAGGUUGUAAGGCAACAAAAUAGGAAAAAUACCAUGGGGGUGAAUACUUUCGCAAGCCACUGUAUGUUUAACCCUUUAAAACAUUACUUUUCUGUUCUUUCAUUUGUGGCAGUGUAAGUUGUCGUUAUAUCAUAUAUUAAGCAUUAAUCAGUUAAAUUAGACAUUGAACUUGAACCCUGUAAGAAUCCUGGAUCAAGCUGUCAGACAGUUUUUUGUAUAGAGAUCUCAGAAAUGCAGUGUCUCCUUAUGUUAUGGGGUGAAAACAGUUUUCAUGGGCACACAAAUCCAACAUAAUAAAUGUGAUUGCAAAAUCGAAUGUUUCUAACAGAAAGAGUCACCUUACCUUGAUACUGAAAACCUAAAUCGAUACUGUCAUUAACGUGGUUCUUCAAAAUUAUGCAUAAUACUUGUUGGAUCCAGCUGAUAUGUUACAUUUGGUAUGGUUACAUAAGACAGAUCAACCUGGUCUCAGAGCUUUUCAUAUUAUUCUGUAAAUAAAUCUGGGACACUCCAUUUAGUAUGAUAUGUUACGUUUUAAUUUGUGGUUGCCCAUCUCCCUUUUCGUAUGAUAUAUUACGAAUUACAAUUCGUAUUAGAUGUUACGAAUUAGCAAAACGUACAAUAUGCAAUAAUUCUGCAGAGCGUUUGAUAUGUUACGAAUUCUAGCUAGCUGGCUAACGUUAGCUAGGUUAGGGGUUAGGAUUAAGGUUAGGGUUAAGUUUAGGAGUUAGGUUAAAGGGUUAAGGUUAGGGGAAGGGUUAAGGUUAAGGUUAGGGGAAGGGUUAGCUAAAUGGGUUACGGUUAGGGUUUGGGGAAGGGGUUAGCUAACAUGCUAAGUAGUUGCAAAGUAGCUAAAAAGUAGUAAGUAGUUGAAAAGUUGCUAAAGUUGUCCGUGAUGAGAUUUAAACUUGCAACCUUUGGGUUGCUAGACGUUCACGUUAUACGUCCACCCAUCCACCCUACUUUUUUGCCUUAAGUAACCAUCUGUCUUAUGUAACCAUACCAAACUUAACAUAUCCUACUAAUUUGAGUGUCCCGGAUUUUUGUUUACUAUGUUAUGUCUAGUCUAUGAGACCAGGCUGGACAAAUGGUUACUUAUAGAGUGGUUGGUCGGGGUGGAUGGGUGGGCGUAUAACACGAACCCAAAAGGUUGCGAGUUUGAAUCUCAUCACGGACAACUUUAGCAUUUUAGCUAAUUAGCAACUUACUACUUUUUAGCUACUUUCAACUACUUACCAUGUUAGCUAACCCUAACCUUAACCCUUUUAGCUAACCCUUCCCCUAACCUUAACCCUUUAACCUAACUCUUAACCUUAACCCUAACCCCUAUCUUUACCUUAGCCAACUAGCUAGAAUUCAUAACAUAUAAUAUGCUUUGCAAAUUCGUAACAUUGUACAUUUAGCAAAUUUGUAUAUAUUGUACUUUUAGCAAAUUUGUUACAUAUAAUACGAAUUAUAAUACGUAACAUAUACGAAAUGGGCGAUGAACAUCCACAAAUGAAUACAUACCAUACCAAACAUAUACUAUUGUAAAUGGAGUGUCUCGGAUUUAUGUACAGAAUAAUACGAAAUGCUCUCAUUUUCACACAUCUGAUCCAGGAAAUAAGGUGGGAUUCAAAUGGUGAGAUUAAUGCUACCGCUAUUCAUGGAUUUAUUAUGUGUGCCUGCGUCUGCCACAUAGGCUACAGAAAAAUCGUCAUGCAUGCAUCCAAUCUAUUUAGUCAGGCAAUGUCCACAUUAUUCUCACAUAGAAUGUAAUAAUAAUUUCACAUUUUUAGCAGACGCUCUUAUCCAGAGCGACUUACAGGAGCAAUUAGGGUUAAGUGCCUUGCUCAAGGGCACUGACAGAUUUUUCACCUAGUCGGCUCAGGGAUUAGAACCAGCAACCUUUCGGUUACUGGCACAACGCUCUUACCCACUAAGCUACCUGCCGCCUUUCAAUAUCAAUUGAAAUUGGGCAAGGCCCCAAAAAAAGCAUUAUUCUUAAAGUGGUAAUGGCCUACUUUUUUAAAAACACUUUUUGCAUGCUUUUUGGGGGGAGGGGGGCGGGGUUCUAUUUUAGGCCCUAUAUGUACAAUUAUAUAAAUUAUACAAAUGUAUAACAUUGAGGUCUUUGAAAAUUACAAUUAAGUGCUUGAAAAAGUCCCUAAAAGUCUUUGAAUUUGACUUGCCAAUGUCUGUAUGAACCCUGCUUAAAGGAUGUAUAGUCCUAGGCCUAUGCUGUUGUAUAGGUGGUUAUGGGUCAAUUUGCAUAUAUUCACUUUUAUUCCUCUAAGUACACAUGUGGAACUGCAUGAAAAUCCUUUUCAUUUUAGUUUUCAAAUUAUUUAGAAAUGUUGAUCCCAAUGUCACACAUUGGCCCCAUUAUUUAUAGAAUACACUUACAUUUGCUCUACUGUGUGUGUGUGUGCUUGUGUGCGUGCGUUUGUGUGCAUGUGCAUACUGUACGUAUGUGUUUGUUUGUGUGUGUCACUGUGUCUGUAUGUGUUUCUUUGUGCGUUUGUGUGUAUGUAUGCAUUUGUGUGCAUGUCAGGAUGUUCCAGUGGUCCUAUGAGUUUGGCCGAGCAGUCCUGUGUGUGGACUACAUGGUCUUCACCCUUCGUCUCAUCCACAUCUUCGCCAUUCACAAACAACUGGGGCCAAAGAUCAUCAUCGUCGGCAAGAUGGUAAGACUUACUGAAGCAACAAAAUGAGACAUGACUACGGCUGGGUUCAGUUAUUAGAAAAAACAUUUUUGGAAUGCAAAGCUAACGUGUCCAAUUAGUGGUUGGAGGUGUGAAAAUAAGCACAUUGAUAAAAACCUUUCCCAGGUGUUUUAUCCAAGAGGAUAACGUAUAAAUUUGCACACUGGUAUGAUGCUCCCUAAGUCUUUAAUGGUCUUGGCAAAGACCCUUGUUGGGUCGAAACGUUGCGCUUUUCUCAUUUAACACUGUGGGACCAUCAUACAUUUACAUCAUUUAGCAGACACUCUUAUCCAGAGCGACUUACAAAUUGGUGCAUUCAACUUAUGAUAGCCAGUGGGACAACCACUUUUUUUUCAUUAUUUUUUUAUUAUUUUUAUGGGGGGGUGGGGGAGAGAGGGGUAGAAGGAUUACUUUUAUACUAUUACAGGUACUCCUUAAAGAGGUAGGGUUUCAAGUGUCUCCGGAAGGUGGUCAGUGAAUACAGCUUUCCUGUAUUCCUGUUAUCUGAGAGAAAGGCUUUGGUAGUACACAUGUUUUGACAGAAUAUAAACUUUCUGCACUCCCCCUUGUCUCACUCAGUAACUUUCCAUACACCUGGUUCUUAUCCACCCUCCAUUGACCCCAACAUAUACAUUCCUUAUACAUGUAAAGUAAUCAAUAAGUUAUAGUACGGUAACAUGAAUAAGUAUAUUUCAAGCUAGAACCCAACAGAGCUUAUUUAGAGCUUAUGGACAUGGACUUUUUCCACAUUUUCUUACGUUACAGCCUUAUUCUAAAAUUGAUUAAAAUGUUUUCCCCCUCAUCAAUCUACACACAAUACCCCAUAAUGACGAAGCAAAAAUAGGUUUGUAGACAUUUGUGCAAAUGUAAAUAAAAUAAAAAACUGAAAUGUAACAUUUACAUAAGUAUUCAGACCCUUUACUCAGUACUUUGUUGAAGCCCCUUUGGCAGCGAUUACAGCCUCGAGUCUUCUUGGGUAUGACGCUACAUUUUCAGGUCUUUCCAGAGAUGUUUGAUCAGGUUCAAGUCCGGGCUCUGGCUGGUCCACUCAAGGACAUUCAGAGACUUGUCCCGAAGCCACUCCUGCGUUGUCUUGACUGUGUGCUUAGAGUCGUUGUCCUGUUGGAAGGUGAACAUUCGCCCCAGUCUGAGGUCCUGAGCGCUCUGGAGCAGGUUUCCAUCAAGGAUCUCUCUGUACUUUUCUCUGUUCAUCUUUCCCUAUAUCCUGACUCCCAGUCCCUGCCUCUGAAAAACAUCCCCACAGCAUGAUGCUGCUGCCACCAUGCUUCACCAUAGGGAUGGUGCCAGGUUUCCUCCAGAUGUGACACUUGGCCUUCCCCAGAUCUGUGCCUCGACAUAAUCCUGUCUCGGAGCUCUACAAACAAUUACUUCGACCUCAUGGCUUGGUUUUUGCUCUGAAAUGCACUGUCAACUGUGGGACCUUAUAGACAGGUGUGUGCCUUUCCAAAUCAUGUCCAAUCAAUUGAAUUGACCAAUUGAAUUGACCACAGGUGGACUCCAAUCAAGUUGUAGAAACAUCUCAAGGAUGAUCAAUGGAAACAGGAUGCACCUGAGCUCAAUUUCGAGUCUCAUAGCAAAGGGUCUGAAUACUUAUGUAAAUAAGGUAUUUCUGUUUUUUAAUUUUUAAUACAUUUGCAAAAAUAUCUGGUAUUGUGUGUACAUUAAUAAGAUUUGUAUUUAUUUAAUCCAUUUUAGAAUAAUACUGUAACAUAACAAAAUGUGGAAAAAGGGAAAGGUCCUGAAUACUUUCAAAUGCACUGUAAUGCAAUGUCUUGGCGUAAUCCAUCAGUGGAGGCAAGUGACUUGAAACAUUUAGGAGGAUGGGAGACCCACCGUAUAGGCGUGGAAUGCACGGAGACGACAAAGUGUCUUUCAAAAAUCGUCAAAGACUAAUUAUUUUAACCUAAAUCAUUCAAUAAGGAAAUGUAUAGUACAAUAUUAUGGGGAAUGGGAAUGAGAGGGCUACUUACACAGUUUGGGAAGGGAUUGCAGCAAUGAUUGAAUGAGGGUAUGAGGCAUGAGUUGAGUUGUUCAGAGGCUUGACUUCAGUGCAGGACAGAAUUUGACUGGGAAGACAAAAAAACAAUAACACAACACACUACACAGUUAGACUAAAGAGCUAAGAAUGAGUUAGUCCAGGCAAGGAGUAAAAUCAUUGAUGUCUAAUAAUGUGAUUGUGUUUGCGUAUGUGAUUGACUACAUACAGUAAUAAGAGAAAAUUGAUAGGGGGACUCACAGUGCUUGGAGAGGAAACAUUCAAUGUGCCAGUAAAUGAGUGGGCACAUGAGAUGUGGCUUCAGUUCAUGUCAGGAGAGAGUUGACAAUGGUAGUGGAGUGGAGCUGUCAUCACCUCUUAAUCAGAGAACAGGAGGGGACUUAGCUGUAAAUGCAAAUAGCAGAUACAUUCCUUUACAGCUGCGCCGUCGUAGGUUUGAACAACAAGUUUCUCCAUGAAGUUAAACUCACAAAGUCAAACAGACUGCGCAAAAGUUCCUGAAUAAAGCCCUGAUCAUCCACAUACCUGACGAUAACUGACAACCGCAAGCAGAGUGGUGGGGAAAUGUAUACCCCCUGGGGCCUGGAGUUUUUCCUUAUCUGAUUAAUCAGUUGUAAAAAGGUUUUAUAAGGGCUAUGAUGGGACAGGUUUUUCCUAAUCAGGUCACAUUGUUUUAAAAAACAAAAAAAACUCCUGGCCCUGGGGAGAUGAAAACCCUGUCAAUCUGCAGCAACCUUAUACUUGUUCAUAGGAAUUAUAUUUAGACUAGAUUAGGAGGGGGAUUUCCUCUACCCAGACACAGAGACAACAACUGAUAGACAAUUUAACUAACAGGGCUGAGCUUGCUUUAUGCAUGUUUGCAUCAUGCAGACCUAUGCAACUGUAGGCCUUAUAAAAAAUCUGUCAUGUUGAUUGAGUAAUUCCAGUUAAUAAUUUUGGAUUGAAAACGUAUUGGCAGCCUAGCCAGCCCAAUUUUGAAUAUAAACCAAAUUUGAUCACAUUCACAUUUUCUCCUGACACACAAUGGACUAUAAAUACAUAAUAUUACCAAUUAGUUACCCUGACCAAAUGGUCAGCGCACAUAGGCUGUAUGCAGCUGCUCUUAUUAGUAGCCUACAGUUGAUCAGACUGAACAUUUUUCUCGUUUUCAUCCCAUACAACAUGUCAGAUCUCUAAGGGUUAGGUGUAGCCUAGGCUGCUGCAACAUUUAUGUAAUUAGUUUUUGCUUGUGUCUGUCCGGAGUGAUUAUGUGUUAUCAUCUUUGCUAAAUAAAAACAGGAGGAAAGUGGAAAGCCUACUUGAGCGCGCUCGAAAAAAUGCGCUGCAUCAACCUCUCUCUUUAAUCUAACUUUUAAUAGAUGAUGGGAUGGAAGCUAUCAAAUCAUUCUGAAUUGAUUUCGACAUCCCAGAAAAGACAGUACAAAGUUCCAUAUGUUCAGCAAGUAAAGCAGCAAGUACCGCUGCAAGCUCCUAGUAGUUGCAGUUGUUAGCGGAACUUUCCCUCUCGUUGUGUCCUCUAAAAACCAAUUAUUGCAUGCCAAAAACGCAGUGGUGUUGAUAAGCCGCUUGAGAACAUCCCUGUUUCUUCUUACUUUCUCGUUGUGUUGCGCAGUUUGAAUGCACAGACCUUCGUUCUUCAGGUCACUGUACCCCCCUUUCGCCCAAGACUUUCAAAAAGCAGGCAAGGCCAGUAAUACAGGCGGCUUGAUGAAAGGCUCCCUGUUAACCAGCUAUACUUUUGAUACCAAUUGGUAUUGAACGGCCUCACCUUUUCAUCCUUCUUCAUGAAACUGAUCUCAGGCAGUGUACCCCAGAGAAUGAAAGUGGUUCUUCUACAAAAAGUCAACAAAAUUUGCAGUAGUGUUGGUGGUGAAAACUGCACGCUCGAGCUGGUAGCUAGCUACUGCUACUUGCUACUGAAGUUAGCAGGGCAAAUUGAAAUAGAUUGCACUAACUGGACACAAAAAUAAAGUUCUAAAAUCAAGAAAACAAUUUAUAAUCUACCUCCUCUGUCUCCUGUAAUUUGAAGAAACUAAUUUGAAUUGAAUAAUAUCCAAAAAAUGCUCAACUAGAACUUUUCAAUCUCUACCAAUAAUGUCACCAACUCCCCAAGAUUCUCAACACAUAGAACGCCCUCAUAAUGCUUUGCGGCACAACCCCAAAACAACACACUAAGUUCAUUUUCUGAUCGUAAUCCUAUGAUUGGAUGGACAACAUGUCAGUUCAUACUGCAAAAACCUACGAGCCUCCUAGGUUUUGUAUUGAAGUCAAUGUACCCAGAGGAGGACAGAAGCUAGCUGUCCUCCGGCUACACCAUGGUGCUACCCCAGAGAGUGCUGUUGAAGUUACUAUAGACCUUCAUUACAAAACUGUGUGUUUUAAUCAAUUAUUUGGUGACAUGAACAUAUUUAGUAUAGUUUUAUCUAAAAAGGAUAACUUUUUUAGUGUUUCACUAUUUGUAUUUUUAUGAAAUGUCACUGAGGAGGAUGGUCCUCCCCUUCCUCCUCUGAGGAGCCUCCACUGUAAUCCAUGUUAUAUGUUUUGCUCUCCUAUAGAUGAAGGAUAUCUUCUUCUUCCUCUUCUUCCUGGGGGUGUGGCUUAUGGCAUACGGGGUGGCCAAUCAAGCGCUGCUGUACUCCUAUGACCCCCGCCCCGCCUGGAUCUUCCGGCGCCUGUUCUACAGGCCAUACCUGCACAUAUUUGGACAGAUCCCAGUGGAGGAAAUAGAUGGUAUUAUGUGUGUAACGCCCGUACAAAUUAUACAGUGGGGGAAAAAAGUAUUUAGUCAGCCACCAAUUGUGCAAGUUCUCCCACUUAAAAAGAUGAGAGAGGCCUGUAAUUUUUAUCAUAGGUACACGUCAACUAUGACAGACAAAUUGAGAAAAAAAUAAUCCAGAAAAUCACAUUGUAGGAUUUUUAAUGAAUUUAUUUGCAAAUUAUGGUGGAAAAUAAGUAUUUGGUCACCUACAAACAAGCAAGAUUUCUGGCUCUCACAGAUCUGUAACUUCUUCUUUAAGAGGCUCCUCUGUCCUCCACUCAUUACCUGUAUUAAUGGCACCUGUUUGUACUUGUUAUCAGUAUAAUAGACACCUGUCCACAACCUCAAACAGUCACACUCCAAACUCCACUAUGGCCAAGACCAAAUAGCUGUCAAAGGACACCAGAAACAAAAUUGUAGACUUGCACCAGGCUGGGAAGACUGAAUCUGCAAUAGGUAAGCAGCUUGGUUUGAAGAAAUCAACUGUGGGAGCAAUUAUUAGGAAAUGGAAGACAUACAAGACCACUGAUAAUCUCCCUCGAUCUGGGGCUCCACGCAAGAUCUCACCCCGUGGGGUCAAAAUGAUCACAAGAACGGUGAGCAAAAAUCCCAGAACCACACGGGGGGACCUAGUGAAUGACCUGCAGAGAGCUGGGACCAAAGUAACAAAGCCUACCAUCAGUAACACACUACGCCGCCAGGGACUCAAAUCCUGCAGUGCCAGACGUGUCCCCCUGCUUAAACCAGUACAUGUCCAGGCCCGUCUGAAGUUUGCUAGAGUGCAUUUGGAUGAACUCAAUGUAUCGUGAGAUUUUGAGUGAAAACCUCCUUCCAUCAGCAAGGGCAUUGAAGAUGAAACGUGGCUGGGUCUUUCAGCAUGACAAUGAUCCCAAACACACCGCCCGGGCAACGAAGGAGUGGCUUCGUAAGAAGCAUUUCAAGGUCCUGGAGUGGCCUAGCCAGUCUCCAGAUCUCAACCCCAUAGAAAAUCUUUGGAGGGAGUUGAAAGUCCGUGUUGCCUUAUUACUUAUUUUCCAUCAUAAUUUGCAAAUAAGUUCAUUAAAAAUCCUACAAUGUGAUUUUCUGGAGAAAAAAAAUCUAAUUUUGUCUGUCAUAGUUGACGUGUACCUAUGAUGAAAAUUACAGGCCUCUCUCAUCUUUUUAAGUGGGAGAACUUGCACAAUUGGUGGCUGACUAAAUAAUUUUUUUCCCCACUGUAUGUGAUGCUUUCCAACUCAAAGCUGCCAAACUUUUCAAUAAGAUAAGAGUGGAAAACUCUGUAAACCUCUGUCCCUCUUGUCCUCCGUAUUGUUUGUAUCUGUCUGUCUGUCUCUCUCUCUCUCUCUUUCUCUCUCUCUCUCUCUCUCUCUCUUGCUCUCUCUCUCUCUCCCUCUCUGUCUGUCUGUCUGUCUGCAUGCCCGUCUGUCUGUCUGUCUGUAGUGGGGAAGGAGUGGGACAUGGAAUGCACUGACAAUGUGACGCUGAUCGAGGGAGGCGCGGAGCCCUGCAGGAGCCAGUAUGCUAACUGGCUAGUGAUCAUAUUACUGGUCAUCUACCUACUGGUCACCAACAUCCUGCUCAUCAACCUACUCAUCGCCAUGUUCAGGUAAAGGAUGGACACCUCUGUUGGGACCCAGGGAAUAGAUUUCUCUAGGGGGGAGGUUCGGGAGUGAUGUCUGAGCGAAGGCGUGAUGGAUUUCUUACGUUGCGUCUCAUCCUAUAUAUAUAGCUUAGAGAGAGAGAGCUAGAUGCUCUAUAUAUUCGCUCUCUCUCUUAUCUCAUCUAUAUCUCUUCUCCGAUAUCGCUCUCUACUCUCUCUCUCUCUCUCUCUCUCUCUCUCUCUCUCUCUCUCUCUCUCUCUCUCUCUCUCUCUCUCUCUCCUUCCCUCUCACCUCCCUGAAUCUUCAGUCUCUUAUAAAAUCUAGUCUGUCAACAUAAUUUUUACUGAAAUUUUUACUAUCAUUUUCAGCUAAAUACAAUGCCUCGUCUUGUGUCCAUUGUGGACCACAUUAUGUUAAUUAUGAAUCCUUUCUCUUCUUCCCCUCUCCACACAGUUACACAUUCUCUAAGGUGCAGUUCCAGAGUGACACCUACUGGAAGUUCCAGCGCUACAACCUGAUUGUGGAGUACCACUCCCGGCCCUCCCUUGCUCCCCCUUUCAUUUUCCUCUCCCACUUUCACCUCUUCAUCAAGAGAUACAUCCGCAAGGUACCCUCGGUCAAGAUCCUCCAUUUUGGUGAGAAUUCAACCCAGGUAUUAAUUCAAAAGGAAUUUUAAUAUCCUGACUAUCACUAUAGGAUCUCAAUUGCUUAAAGGUGAAAUCAGCAGUUGCUACAUCAAUUUUUGGACUUAUACAUUUAUGAUAUGUACCCAUUGAAUCUUGAAGAAUAUAACUUAUAAAUGCCUCAUGAGCUUGGUUUAACAGUCAGAACCAAUGUUUAUAAACAAAGUAAAUGUAAAUAAACACUGUAUAGCUUCAAAACAUGGUUAACACGAUACUUUUGAUAUCAUGGAUGGUCAGUUCUUGAAUCCUUAGCUCUGUCUAUGAAUUUGAGAAUGAUUACAUUUCUCAUUACAUUUACAUUACAUUUUAGUCAUUUAGCAGACGCUCUUAUCCAGAGCGACUCACCAAUUGGUGCGUUCACCCUAUAGCCAGUGGGAUAAUCACUUUACAAAUUUUUUUUUUGGGGGGGGGGGGGGGGGGGGUAGAAGGAUUACUUUAUCCUAUCCCAGGUAUUCCUUAAAGAGGUGGGGUUUCAAAUGUCUCCGGAAGGUGGUGAGUGACUCCGCUGUCCUGGCGUCGUGAGGGAGCUUGUUCCACCAUUGGGGUGCCAGAGCAGCGAACAGUUUUGACUGGGCUGAGCGGGAACUAUGCUUCCGCAGAGGAAGGGGAGCCAGCAGGCCAGAGGUGGAUGAACGCAAUGCCCUCGUUUGGGUGUAGGGACUGAUCAGAGCCCGAAGGUACAGAGGUGCCGUUCCCCUCACUGCUCCAUAGGCAAGCACCAUGGUCUUGUAGCGGAUGCGAGCUUCAACUGGAAGCCAGUGGAGUGUGCGGAGGAGGGGGGGUGACGUGAGAGAACUUGGGAAGGUUGAACACCAGAUGGGCUGCGGCAUUCUGGAUGAGUUGUAGGGGUUUAAUGGCACAGGCAGGGAGGCCAGCCAACAGCGAGUUGCAGUAGUCCAGACGGGAGAUGACAAGUGCCUGGAUUAGGACCUGUGCCGCUUCCUGUGUAAGGCAGGGUCGUACUCUCCGAAUGUUGUAGAGCAUGAACCUGCAGGAGCGGGUCACCGCCUUGAUGUUGGCGGAGAACGACAGGGUGUUGUCCAGGGUCACGCCUAGGCUCUUCGCACUCUGGGAGGAGGACACAGCGGAGUUGUCAACCGUGAUGGCGAGAUCAUGGAACGGGCAGUCCUUCCCCGGGAGGAAGAGCAGCUCCGUCUUGCCAGGGUUCAGCUUGAGGUGGUGAUCCGUCAUCCAUACUGAUAUGUCUGCCAGACAUGCAGAGAUGCGAUUCGCCUCCUGGUUAUCAGAAGGGGGAAAGGAGAAGAUUAGUUGUGUAUCGUCAGCGUAGCAAUGAUAGGAGAGGCCAUGUGAGGAUAUGACAGAGCCAAGUGACUUGGUGUAUAGGGAGAAAAGGAGAGGGCCUAGAACUGAGCCCUGGGGGACACCAGUGGUGAGAGCACGUGGUGCGGAGACAGCUUCUCGCCACGCCACUUGGUAGGAGCGACCGGUCAGGUAGGACGCAAUCCAGGAGUGAGCCGCGCCGGAGAUGCCCAGCUCGGAGAGGGUGGAGAGGAGGAUCUGAUGGUUCACAGUAUCAAAGGCAGCAGACAGGUCUAGAAGGACAAGAGCAGAGGAGAGAGAGUUAGCUUUAGCAGUGCGGAGAGCCUCCGUGACACAGAGAAGAGCAGUCUCAGUUGAAUGACCAGUCCUGAAACCUGACUGGUUUGGAUCAAGAAGGUCAUUCUGAGAGAGAUAGCAAGAGAGUUGGCUAAAGACGGCACGCUCAAUAGUUUUGGAAAGAAAAGAAAGAAGGGAUACUGGUCUGUAGUUGUUGACAUCAGUGGGAUCGAGUGUUGGUUUUUUGAGAAGGGGAGCAACUCUCACUCUCUUGAAGACGGAAGGGACAUGGCCAGCGGUCAAGGAUGAGUUGAUCAGCGAGGUGAGGUAGGGGAGAAGGUCACCGGAGAUGGUCUGGAGAAGAGAGGAGGGGAUGGGGUCAAGCGGGCAGGUUGUUGGGCGGCCUGCAGUCACAAGUCGCAGGAUUUUAUCUGGAGAGAGGGGAGAAAGAAGUCAAAGCAUAGGGUAGGGCAGUGUGAGUAGGACCAGCAGUGUCAUUAGACUUAACAAACGAGGAUCGAAUGUCGUCAACCUUCUUUUCAAAGUGGUUGACGAAGUCAUCCACAGAGAGAGAGGAGGGGGGGGGGCGGGGGGGGGGGGGGGGAUUCAGGAGGGAGGAAAAUGUGGCAAAGAGCUUCCUAGGGUUAGAGGCAGAUGCUUGGAAUUUAGAGUGGUAGAAAGUGGCCUUAGCAGCAGAAACAGAUGAAGAAAAUGUAGAGAGGAGGGAGUGAAAAGAUGCCAGGUCAGAGUUUAGUUUUCUUCCAUUUCCGCUCCGCUGCCCGGAGCUCUGUUCUGUUAGCUCGCAAUGAGUCAUCAAGCCACGGAGCUGGAGGGGAGGACCGAGCCGGCCGGGAGGAUAGGGGACACAGAGAGUCAAAGGAUGCAGAAAGUGAGGAGAGGAGGGUUGAGGAGGCAGAAUCAGGAGAUUGGAGGGAGAAGGAUUGAGCAGAGGGAAGAGAUGAUAGGAUGGAAGAGUAGAGAGUAGUGGGAGAGAGAGAGCGAAGGUUGCGGCGGCGCAUUACCAUCUGUGUAGGGGCAGAGUGAGUAGUGUGGGAGGAGAGCGAGAGAGAAAAGGAAACAAAGUAGUGGUCGGAGACAUGGAGGGGAGUUGCAGUGAGAUUAGUAGAAGAGCAGCAUCUAGUAAAGAUGAGGUCAAGCGUAUUGCCUGCCUUGUGAGUAGGGGGGGGAUGGUGAGAGGGUGAGGUCAAAAGAGGAGAGAAGUGGAAAGAAGGAGGCAGAGAGAAAUGAGUCAAAUGUGGACAUAGGGAGGUUGAAAUCCCCCAAAACUGUGAGGGGUGAGCCAUCCUCAGGAAAGGAACUUAUCAAGGCGUCAAGCUCAUUGAUGAACUCUCCAAGGGAACCUGGAGGGCGAUAGAUGACAAGGAUAUUAAGCUUAAAUGGGCUAGUGACUGUGACAGCAUGGAAUUCAAAUGAGGAGAUAGACAGAUGGGUUAGGGGAAAAAUUGAGAAUGUCCACUUGGGAGAGAUGAGGAUUCCUGUGCCACCACCCCUCUGACCAGAUGCUCUCGGGGUAUGCGAGAACACAUGGUCAGAGGAGGAGAGAGCAGUAGGAGUAGCAGUGUUUUCAGUGGUAAUCCAUGUUUCCGUCAGCGCCAGGAAGUCGAGGGACUGGAGAUUAGCAUAGGCUGGGAUGAAGUCAGCUUUGUUGGCAGCAGAACGGCAGUUCCAGAGGCUGCCUGAGACCUGGAACUCCAGGUGUGGGGUGCGUGCAGGGACCACCAGGUUAGAGAGGCAGCAGCCACGCGGUGUGGGGCGUUUGUGUAGCCUGUGCAGAGAGGAGAGAACAGGGAUAGGCAGAGGCAUAGUUGACAGGCUGUAGCAAAUGGCUACAAUAAUGCAGAGGAGAUCGGAAUGAAAUGAACUAAACAUCGGGAGAGUAGAGAGCAGGGCCUCCCUCACCAAAAACUUCUACUUCUAACAACUAUAAUUGUUUCACUGAACCACCCGAACAAAAACUCUACCAACUUCCACCUUUAGAAAUCAGAAUUGUUGUGAACCACAGCGGUUCAAUGUUUAAAGGAAUAGACUCAACCCACUUUAUUCAGCUAGCUAACUAUGACACCAUAGCUUUCUCCAGCCCCAUCCUUCAGCUUUUUACCGAAACAGUGGUGGGGCAAACGCUUUGUUAUUGUUUAGACUUCUGAUUGACCCUUUAAAAAUAUGUCCCCUCUCCUAAAGUUUUUUUUUUUUUUUUUCCUCACCUUUAUUUAACCAGAUAAGCCAGUUGAGAACAAGUUCUCAUUUACAACUGCGACUUGGCCAAGAUAAAGCAAAGCAGUGCGAUAAAAACAACAACACAGAGUUACAUAUGGGGUAAACAAAACAUAAAGUCAAAAUACAACAGAAAAUAUAUAUACAGUGUGUGCGAAGUAGUAAAUUAUGGAGGUAAGGCAAUAAAUAGGCCAUAGUGCAAAAUAGUUACAAUUUCGUAUUAACACUGGAAUGAUAGAUGUGAAAAAGAUGAUGUGCAAAUAGAGAUACUGGGGUGCAAAUUAGCAAAAUAAAAAACAAUAUGGGGAUGAGGUAGUUGGAUGGGCUGUGUGCAGGUGCAGUGAUCGGUAAGCUGCUCUGACAACUGAUGCUUAAAGUUAGUGAGGGAGAUAAGAGUCUCCAGCUUCAGAGAUUUUUGCAGUUCGUUCCAGUCAUUGGCAGCAGAGAACUGGAAGGAAUGGCGGCCAAAGGAGGUGUUGGCUUUGGGGAUGACCAGUGAGAUAUACCUGCUGGAGCGCAGACUACGGGUGGAUGUUGCUAUGGUGACCAGUGAGCUAAGAUAAGACGGGGAUUUGCCUAGCAGUGAUUUAUAAAUGACCUGGAGCCAGUGGGUUUGGCAAUGAAUAUGUAGUGAGGGCCAGCCAACAAGAGCGUACAGGUCACAAUGGUGUGUAGUAUAUGGGGCUUUGGAGACAAAACAGAUGGCACUGUGAUAGACUACAUCCAAUUUGCUGAGUAGAGUGUUGGAGGCUAUUUUGUAAAUGACAUCGCCGAAGUCAAAGAUCGGUAGGAUAGUCAGUUUUACGAGGGCAUGUUUGGCAGCAUGAGUGAAGGAGGCUUUGUUGCGAAAUAGGAAGCUGAUUCUAGAUCUAACUUUUGAUUGGAGAUGCUUAAUGUGAGUCUGGAAGGAGAGUUUACAGACUAACCAGACGCCUAGGUAUUUGUAGUUGUCCACAUACUCUAGGUCAGACGUGGGAUGGGCGGGUGCAAGCAGCGUUCGGUUGAAGAGCAUGCAUUUAGUUUUACUAGUGUUUAAGAGCAGUUGGAGGCUACGGAAGGAGGGUUGUAUGGCGUUGAAGCUCGUUUGGAGGUUUGUUAACACAGUGUCCAAUGAAGGGCCAGAUGUAUACAAAAUGGUGUCGUCCGCAUAGAGGUUGAUCCGAGCGUCACCAGUAGCAAGAGCGACAUCAUUGAUAUACACAGAGAAUAGAGUCGGCCCGAGAAUUGAAUCCUGUGGCACCCCCAUAGAGACUGCCAGGGGUCCAGACAACAGGCCCUCCGAUUUGACACAUUGAACUCUAUCUGAUAAGUAGUUGGUGGACCAGGCGAGGCAGUCAUUUGAGAAACCAAGGCUAUUUAGUCUGCCAAUAAGCCUUGGCCAGGUCGAUGAAGACGGCUGCGCAGUACUGUCUUUUAUUGAUCGCGGUUAUAAUAUCGUUUAGGACCUUGAGCGUGGCUGAUGUGCACCCAUGACUCGGAAACCGGAUUGCAUAGCGGAGAAGGUACGGUGAUUUUCGAUUGGGUCAGUGAUCUGUUUGUUAACUUGCCUUUCAAAAACUUUCGAAAGGCAGGGCAGGAUGGAUAUAGGUCUGUAACAGUUUGGAUCUAGAGUGUCACCCCCUUUGACCGCGGCAGACGUUACGAAAGAGAGGUUGAACAGGCUAGUAAUAGGGGUUGCAACAAUUUUGGUGGCUAAUUUUAGAAAGAAAGGGUCCAGAUUGUCUAGCCCAGCUGAUUUGUAGGGGUCCAGAUUUUUCAGCUCUUUCAGAACAUCAGCUGUCUGAAUUUGUGUGAAGGAGAAGCGGGGGGGGGGGGGGCAUGGGCAAAUUGCAGCGGAGGGUGCAGAGCUGGUGGUCAGGGUAGUGGUAGCCAGGUGGAAAGCAUGGCCAGCCGUAGCAAAAUGCUUGUUGAAAUUCUCGAUUAUUGUAGAUUUAUCGGUGGUGACAGUGUUUCCUAGCCUCAGUGCAGUGGGCAGUUGGGAGGAGGUGCUCUUAUUCUCCAUGGACUUUACAGUGUCCCACAAUUUUUUGGAGUUAGUGCUACAGGAUGCAGAUUUCUGUUUGAAAAAGCUAACCUUUGCUUUCCUAACUGAUUGUGUAUAUUGGUUCCUGACUUCCCUGAAAAGUUGCAUUUCGCGGGGGCUGUUCGAUGCUAAUGCAGUACGCCACAGGAUGUUUUUGGCUGGUCAAGGGCAGUCAAGUCUGAGGAGAACAUGGGCUAUAUCUGUUCUUAGUUCUGCCAAGGCACAACACACUGUGUGACCUCAGGCCCCGUGUCUGUGCCUAUGUUUGUGUUGCUUCAUAGUCCCCGCUGUUCCAUAAGAUGUCGUUUUUAUCUCUUUUUUAAAUCAAAUUUUACUGCUUCCAUCAGUUACUUGAUGUGGAAUAGAUUUCCCUGUAGUCAUGGCUCUAUGUAGUACUGUGCGCCUCCCAUAGUAUUUUCUGGAUUUGAGGUAUGCAUGAGUGUCCGAACUGUGCGCCAUUAGUUCAAACAGACAGCUCGGUGUAUUCAACAUGUGAAUACCUCUGAUAAAUACAAGUAGUGAUGAAGUCAAUCUCUCCUCCACUUUGAGCCAGGAGAGAUUGACAUGCAUAUUAUUAAUGUUAGCUCUCUAUGUAUAUCCAAGGGCCAGCCGUGCUGCCCUCUUCAGAGCCAAUUGGAUUUUCCUAAGUCCCUUUUUAUGGCACCUGACCACACGACUGAACAGUAGUCCAGGUGUGACAAAACUAGGGCCUGUAGGACCUGCCUUAUUGAUAGUGCUGUUAAGAAGGUAGAGGAGUGCUUUAUUAUGGACAGACUUCUCCCCAUCCUAGCUACUGUUGUAAACAUUUGUUUUGACCAUGACAGUUUACAAUCCAGGGUUACUCCAAGCAGUUUAGUCACCUCAACUUGCUCAAUUUCCACAUUAUUUAUUACAAGAUUUAGUUGAGGUUUGGGGUUUAGUAAAUGAUUUGUCCAAAAUGCAAUGCUUUUAAUUUUUGAAAUAUUUAGGACUAACUUAUUCCUUGCCACCCACUCUGAAAUUAACUGCAGCUCUUUGUUAAGUGUUGCAGUCAUUUCAGUCGUUGUAGUAGCUGACGUGUAUAGUGUUGAGUCAUCCACAUACAUAGACACACUGCCACAUACAUAGACACACUGGCUUUACUCAAAGCCAGUGGCAUGUUGUUAGUAAAGAUUUUAAAAAGUAAGGGGCCUAGACAGCUGCCCUGGGGAAUUCCUGUUUCUACCUGGAUUAUGUUGGAGAGGCUUCCAUUAAAUGACACCCUCUGUGUUCUGUUAGACAGGUAACUCUUUAUCCACAAUAUAGUCGGGGGUGUAAAGCAAUAACUCAUACGUUUUUCCAGCAGCUGACUAUGAUCGAUAAUGUCAAAAGCCGCACUGAAGUCUAACAAAACAGCCCCCAUGAUAUUUUUAUCAUCAAUUUUUCACAGCAAAUCAUCAGUCAUUUGUGUAAGUGCAGUGCUUGUUGAAUGUCCUUUCCUAUAAGUGUGCUUGAAGUCUGUUUACUGUAAAAUAGCAUUGUACCUGGUCAAACACCAUUUUCCCCAAUAGUUUACAAAGGUUUGGUAACAGGCUGAUUGGUAGGCUAUUUGAGCCAGUAAAGGGGGCUUUACUAUUCUUAGGUAGCAUAAUGACUUUUGCUUCCCUCCAGGCCUGGAGGUACACACUUACAGUAGGCUUAAACUGAAAAUAUGGCAAAUAGGAGUGGCAAUAUCGUCCGCUAUUAUCCUCUGUAAAUUUCCAUCCAAGUUGUCAGACCCCGGUGGCUUGUCAUUGUUGAUAGACAACAAUAAUAUUUUCACCUCUUCCACACUCAGUUUAUGGAAUUCAAAAUGACAAUGCUUGUCUUUCAUAAUUUGGUCAGAUAUACUUGGAUGUGUAGUGUCAGUGUUUGUUGCUGACAUGCCUAUGUUUGCUAAUCUUGUCAAUGAAAAAAUCAUUAAAGUAGUUGGCAAUAUCAGUCGGUUUUGUGAUGAAUGAGCCUAUCUGAUUCAAUGAACGAUGGAGCUGAGUUUGCCUUUUUUCCCAAAAUUUCAUUUAGGUGCUCCAAAGCUUUUUACUAUACUUGUUUAUGUCAUUUAUCUUUGUUUCAUCAUAUUUUUAUUCAGUUUAGUCACAUGAUUUCUCAAUUUGCAAUAUGUUUGCCAGUCGGUUGUGCAGCCAGACUUAUUUGCCAUUAGUUUUGCCUCAUCCCUCUCAACCAUACAAUUUUUCAAUUCCUCAUCAAUCCACUGGGAUUGAACAGUUUUUACAGUCACUUCCUUAAUGGGUGCAUGCUUAUUAGUAACUGGAAUAAGCAAUUUCAUAAAUGUGUCAAGUGCAGCGUCUGUUUGCUCCUCAUUACACACCACCGACAAACACAAAUUAUUUACAUCAACAACAUAGGAAUCACUAAAAAACGUAUUGUAUGACCUCUUAUACACUAAAUUAGGCCCAGCCUUUGGAACUUUGCUUUUCCUAGAUAUGGCUACUAUAUUGUGAUCACUAUAUCCGAUGGAUCUGGAUACUGCUUUCAAGCUAAUUUCUGCAGCAUUAGCAAAGAUAUGAUCAAUACAUGUUGAUGAUUUCAUUCCUGUGCUGUUUGUAACUACCCUGGUAGGUUAACUGAUAACCUGAACCAGGUUGCAGGCACUGGUUACAGUUUAAAGCUUUUUCUUGAGUGGGUAGCUUGAUCAAAGCCAGUCAAUAUUUAAAUCACCCAUAAAAUAUACCUCUCUGUUGAUAUCAGAGAGGUAGCUCAGUUGGUAGAGCAUGGCGUUUGCAACGCUAGGGUUGUGGGUUCGUUUCCCACGGAGGGCCGGAGGGCCAGGGGGCCAGUAUGAAAAAAAGAUUAUGCACUCACUUAACUGUAAGUCGCUCUGGGUAAGAGCGUCUACUAAAUGACUAAAAUGUAAAAUCACAUACAUUAUCAAGCAUUUCACACAUGUUAUCCAGAUACUGACUGUUAGCACUUGGUGGUCUAUAGUAGCUUCCCAAAAGAAUGGGCUUUAGGUGAGGCAGAUGAACCUGUAGCCAUAUUACUUCAACUGUAUUUAGGCAAAGACUAGGAGUUUGCAUAUACCAGUAAUUUCCUUUCAAAUUCGUGAAGGUAAGUGAUCAAGCACACACUUCAGGAGGCCAUGUCUUCUUUGUGUAUGGUAAACUGAUAUAGGUGGUGAAGUCGGCGCAGUCUUGUUGGAUCUUAAAAAAGCCUUUGAAACUGUGAAUCAUGUCCUCCUAUCCAAACUAUCCUCCCUUAAUGUGUCCACUGAAGCCAUUAGUUGGAUCUAUUCCUAUCUGAGAAACAGAAGUCAAAAGGGUUCGUCUGGGGGACACUCAGUCGGACUCUUUUUACUAUAACAUUGGGGUCCCACAAGGGUCAAUAUUAGGCCCCCUUCUGUUUACCAUCUAUAUAAAUGAUCUCCCACUUGCUUGCCCACAAGUUAACAUGCCAAUGUAUGCAGACGAUACGUAUGUACACAAACAGACAAGUUGUUAACAAGUUAACUGAAGCUAUGAUACACGUUUCUAAAUGGAUUACUGAUUCUUGUUUGCAUUUAAAUAUCGACAAGACUGUUUGUAUGUACUUCUCAAAAAAAUCCAUUGAUUCUUCCCAACGAGCUGUUCUUGUUAAUGGGGAGAAUAUGAAAGUUGUGUCUAACUUCAGGUAUCUCAGCGUCAUUUUGGACUCCAACUUGAAAUUUAAGAAACAUGUGAAGAAGGUGGUAAACACGGUAAAGUUUGGAUUAUCCAAAUUUAGGUUUAUAAGACCUUACCUUCCUCUGGAGGCUGCCAAACUAUAUAUGCAUGCUAUGAUCUUCUCACAUCUGAGAUAUUCACAAGCAGGAGCUACUAUUCUGAAACCAAUUGAAUCACUCUACAAACAAACACUUAAGAUUUUUGAUAACAAACCAAACAGUUGCCACCAUUGUCACAUCAAUCACAAACAUUAUUUAUUCAGUCUGGAUAGCUUUAAGCAGUAUAUAGAUGCAAGCCUUGUCUUUAAGAUCAUGCAUGGUCUUGCCCCUCCACCGUUAUGCCGACAUAUCAUGCUCAAGGAAAGCACCUGCAGGAUAACAAGGGCAGUAACUAGAGGGGAUUGCGUUGUCCCUUUUCGACACAGAAAAUUCUCUGUUAGAGCUACAAUAUAGUAGAAUGUAAUACCCAUGGACUUGAAAAGCUGCACUGAUUAUUGCACUUUUACAUUUAAAUUGAAAACAUGGCUCAAAUCUAUCCAAACCUGUGCACAUUAGUUAUCUGUGGUUCCUCAUACUGUAUGUAAGACGACAGUGUUUUCAUUACGAAGAAGUUGUUGUUGUUGUUAGAAUUAUAUAUUAUUGGAUGUAAUGUAUUUGUAUUUUGUAUUGUUUUAGUGUGUAUAUGUAUUGUGGCUGUGUAAUUGCCUUUACCUGCCCUGGGACUACAGGUGCAAAUUAGCUUUUGGCUAACCCCUGCACAUUUACAUGGAUGUUGCAUUAUUGUAAUAUUAAUGCUGAUUAAUGUGCAUUGUCCCCUAUAAAUAAAUACAUAAAUAAAUAAAUAAAAAAGGAGAGAUUAUUGGGCAACAACCUCUGUGUCUGACAGAGAGUUUAACAUGCUAACUACUGGUUUCCUACCACAGGAGGUUGGUGGCACCUUAAAUGGGGAGGACAGGCUCGUGGUAAUGGCUGGAGCGGAAUAAGUAGAAUGGUAUCAAAUACAUCCCUUUCAUUUGCUCCGUUCCAGCCAUUAUUAUGAGCCAUUCUCCACUCAGCAACCUCCUGUGUUUCCUACCUCACGCUAACCAUCAGCACGACUAACACAUUUUCCACCUCUGUUAGUAUUGGAGCUGAAGGGGAAAGCAGCUAACAGGCUAAUGACAUGGGAGGCCAUUCAGAAGGAGAACUUCCUGACAGCCCAGAGCAAGAUCCAGAGAGGGAGUGACUCUGAGAGGCUCAAACGGAUGUCAGUCAAGUGAGUCAACCUUUACACCCACCCUCCAGUUUGGAUCCAUCUCUCUUUCAGCAUUUUUCUCUACCAAUUUAACUACAGCCUUUUCUAGAUAUUGUGGAUAUUUAUGGAUAUUAUGAAUAUAUUUAUAUUUACAUGUUACAUGUACAGUAGUCUACAUAUAAAUGUAUUGUAUACAGUACCAGUCAAAAUUUGGUACACUCCUACUCAUUUUUCUUUAUUUUUACUGUUUUCUAUAUUGUAGAAUAAUAGUGAAGACAUGAAAACUAUGAAAUAACACAUAUGGAAUCAUGUAGUAACCAAAAAAUAUUAUUCAAAGUAGCCACCCUUUGCCUUGAUGACAGCUCUUGGCAUUCUCUCAACUCAUGAGGUAGUCACCUGGAAUGCUUUUCCAACAGUCUUGAAGGAGUUCCCACAUAUGCUGAGCACUUGUUGGCUGCUUUUGCUUCACUCUGCGGUCCAACUCAUCCCUAACCAUCUCAAUUGGGUUGAGGUCGAGUGAUUGUGGAGGCCAGGUCAUCUAAUGCAGCACUCCAUCACUCUCCUUCUUGGUAAAAUAGCCCUUACACAGCCUGGAGGUGUGUUUUGGGUCAUUGUCCUGUUGAAAAACAAAUGAUAGUCCCACUAAGCGCAAACCAGAUGGGAUGGCGUAUCACUGCAGAAUGCUGUGGUAGCCAUGCUGGUUAAGUGUGCCUUCAAUUAUAAAUGAAUCACAGACAGUGUCACCAGCAAAGCACCCCCACACCAUCACACCUCCUAAUCCAUGCUUCACGGUGGGAACCACACAUGUGGAGAUCAUCCGUUCACCUACUCUGCGCAAUAUGUACAGUGCCCUCCACAAUUAUUGGCACCCCUGUUUAAGAUGUGGUCGAGGACUUCCAAAAAUUCUCCUUUUUUUUUAAACAUCAUAGAACCCAAAUGCAAAAAAAUAGAAAAAUCCAACCUUUUAUUUAAGUACAUUACUUUGGUGUAAAAAAAAAAAAUUCACACAUUUAGAAAAAAAAAAACUUGAAAUCAUGUGUCCCACAAUUAUUGCCACCCCUGAUGUUAAUACUUUGUACAACCCCCUUUUGCCAACAAGACAGCACUUAAUCUCCUCCUAUAACAUUUCACAAGAUUGGAGAACACAGAGAGAGGGAUCUUUGACCAUUCUUCUUUGCACAAUCUUUCUAGAUCAUCCAGUGCACUCUCCUCUUUAGCUCGCCCCACAGGUUUUCGAUUGGGUUGAGGUCUGGGGACUGAGAUGGCCAUGGGAGGACCUUGAGUUUGUGACUGCUGAACCAUUUAUGUGUAGAUUUUGCCACAUGUUUUGGAUCAUUAUCCUGCUGAAAGACCCAAUGACGACCCAUCUUCAGCUUUCUGGCAGAGGCCAUCAGGUGUUUAUUUAAAAUGUCCUGGUAGUUCAAAGCGUUCAUAAUGCCAUGCACCCUAACAAGGUUCCCAGGGCCUUUGGAAGAGAAACAGGCCCACAGCAUCACAGAUCCUCCACCAUACUUCACGGUGGGCAUGAGGUGCUUUUCGGCAUACUCAUCUUUUGUUUUACACCAGACCCACUUAGAGUGUUUGUUGCCAAAAAGCUCAAUCUUAGUCUCAUCUGACCAAAGCACACGAUCCCAGUUGAAGUCCCAGUGCCGCUUAGCAAACUCCAGACGUUUACGUUUGUGAGUGUUAAUGAGAAAAGGCUUUUUCCUUGCAUGCCUCCCAAACAGCUUGUUGGCAUGUAGAUAGCGUCUGAUGGUUGUUUUGGAGACUUUGUGACCCCAAUAUGCCACUCUUUGAUGCAAUUCUGUGACAGUGAGCUUAGGACUUUUUUUUACUUCUCUUACCAUCCUCCUCACUGUGCGUUGUGGCAAGAUAAACUUGGGACCUCUUCCAGCCUUGUUUGUCACCUGUUUCAGUUGUUUUAAACUUCUUAAUGAUUCCUCUGACUGUAGAUACGGGCAAGUUAAGGCGAGUGGCUAUUUUCUUGUAGCCAUUGCCUGACUUAUGAAGGUCGACACAAAUCUGCCUUACUUGAAUGGUGUGUUCUCUUGUCUUUGCCAUGUUGACAAAUGGGUAAGAGAAUUAGGCCUCUGUGUCACGUCAUAUUUAUACCCCAGGGAAACAGGAAGUCAUGAAUUACUAAUUAAAAGUUCCUAGAUACCCUGACCAACUUUAGCAACUACAGAAAAAUAUAUUUAAAAAAAAAUCAAUUACAAUUUUCAGCGAAAUUGUUAGGGGUGCCAAUAAUUGUGGGACACAUGAUUUCAAGUUUUUUUUUUCUAAAUGUGUGAUUUUUUUUUUUACCACCAAAGUAAUGUACUUAAAUAAAAGGUUGGAUUUUUCUCUUUUUUUGCAUUUGGGUUCUAUGUUGUUUAAAAAAAAAAGGAGCAUUUUUGGAAGUCCUCGACCACAUCUUAAACAGGGGUGCCAAUAAUAGUGGAGGGCACUGUACAUGUGUUUUGGGGAAGAAGGGAUUGGGGGCAAAUGUUUUAAAUUGUGCAGUAUUUAGCAAUCAUAAUAAAAGUCUGGUAGCAGCAGUUGUGAUGUGUGUGUAGCAUGAAUGUGUGUGUGUGUGAAUGCAUGUGUGCUAAGGUGCAGAGAAUCAGAGCAGGUGAUCAGUCCAGUUCAAGUGUUUAGCGGUCUGAUGGCUUGUAGAUUGGCGUACCAGGCCGUGAUGCAACCGGUCAGGACGCUCUCGAUGGUGCCGCUGUAGUAUUCGGAGAGGACCCGGGGUGGCAUGCCACAUUUCUUCAGCCGCCACAACAGUGGUGGUGUUGUUGGUCCGUGUCAAGUCCUAGGGGAUAUGGAGGCCGAGGAAUUUAAAACUGCUGACUAUCUCUACUGCAGUCCCGUUGAUGUGAAUCGGGGCAUGUUCCCUCCUCUGCGUCUUGAAGUCAACAAUCAACUCCUUUGUUUUGCUGAUGGUGAUGGAGAGGUUGUUGUCCUGGUACCACAAUGCCAAUUAUUUUACCUCCUCCCUAUAGACUGACUCAUCGUUGCUGGUUAACCAUGGUGUCAUCAGCAAACUUGAUGAUGGAGUUGUGGGUGAACAGGGAGUACAGCAGAGGGUUGAGGACACACCCCUUGAGGGCCCCUGUGUUAACAGUCAGUGUGGAGGAGGUGUUGUUGCCAAUCCUCUUAGGCUGUGGUCUGCCUGUCAGGAAGUCCAGGAUCCAGUUGCAGAGGGUGGUGUCCAGACCCAGGGCUCUGAGCUUGGUGUCGAGCUUGGAGGGAAAAAUAGUGUUGACUGCUGAACAGCAUUCUCACAUAGGUGUUCCUCAUGUCCAGAUGUGUUAUGGGCGUGUGAAUAGCGAUGGAAAUGGCAUCUUCCGUGGUUCUGUGUGGUAGGUAAUUUGGAGUGGGUCCAGUGUGCCUGGCAUGCUGAGGUACAGAUGUUACAUUUACAUUUUAGUCAUUUAGCAGACGCUCUUAUCCAGAGCAAUUUACAGUUUUUCAUACUGGUCCCCCGUGGGAAUCAAACCCACAACCCUGGCGUUGCAAGCACCAUGCUCUACCAACUGAGCUACACAGGACUAUGAUGUAGGAUCUUAAUUUAAGGCAGUUUGCUACAGAAGGAAAAUUAUCCUGCAGCAACAGGAAAUGUGAGUUAUUAUGUGGAUUAUAUUUAAUGGACAUUUUUGUAGUGGUAAAUUUUUCGUUUGGACAAAUCACAUUUCUACGUGGAAAUUACAAACUUUAGAAGCCUUUUUAAACCUCAAAUACACUACAAGUUUGCAGCGACAAAAGUGAUCAAAUUAAGAUCCUACAUCUGUAUUGAAAGGUAUUGAAAACAGGGAUUCCAAUAAUUUUGACACCUAUCUUUUUGAGCAAAACAAAUUAUUACUUGUUAAACAAAAUCUCUUUCUCUGAGCAAUUGUAUUAGUGUAAAUGUUUUGCAUACAAUAUAGUUCUGUAUUUGUAUUCUUUAUUUUAUACAGUAUUUUUUGCUUAUCUUUAUCAAGGGUGCAAAUAAUUUUGGACCUAUGUGUUUGCUGUGUGACAGGGUGGACAGUGUGCUGAAACAGAUGGCUGAGACAAGGGAUCAUGAUCGCAGACUGAGGGCUCUGGAAUCGGAGGUCAGGCUUACAGUUUGUUCCAACAUUCUGUGUAUGUGUGUGUAUGUGUGAUUUAGAUUAGCUGUCUCAGUAUGUGUGUGCUUGAUUGUUUCCACCUGCAGACAAAGAGAGAGUAAGGGCAGGGUUGCUCCAGCUUUUUUAGCUUGUGAUUGUUGCUUGUGAUGCCAAUUGAGCCAUUUAUUUAUAUGAAAUGGAAGUGUGUGUGUGUUUCAAGUUUCAAGUUUUAUUAGUUGAAUGUACAGGAUACACAUGGUACACUGUCCAACGAAAUGCUUACUUGCAGGUUCCUUCCCGACAAUGCAAGUAAAUAGCUCAGUAUAUAUUUUUUUGUACGCAAGUAUAAUACAGGAAGGCACAAUUUAUAGAACAAUAUUUACACAUGUAUCAGGGAAGGGGGGAUUGUGUGUGUGUGUGAGUGUGUGUGUGUGUGUGUCACUUCACUUAUCCCCGUCACGCCGGCUGGCGCAUAGGGCAGAAACAACGGCACUCCAUUUCUGUCUGUCUCUGGCCAUCUUCUCCACCGUGCCCCUGCUCUGCUGAUGUUGGAGCUUGGUCUCCAUUGUUCUAUGCCACGUUGUCUUGGGACUCCCCCUCUUACGUCUGCCCUCUGAAGUUCAAUAGACAGCUAUUCUUGGGAUAGAGUCUGUACUCUUUAUCAGGACGUGUCCAAUCCAGCUCCAGCAGCGUAUCGAGUAUGGCAUCCUGCUUCGUUUGUCUAAGGAGGUUGAUCUUUAAUAUUGUGUUUGGCCAGAAGAUGUGUAUGAUUCUCCAGAGACAAGUUGUGUGGAAGGUACAGUGGCUUGCGAAAGUAAUCACCCCCUUUGGCAUUUUCCUAUUUUGUUGCCUUACAACCUAAAUAAUAAUAAUAAUAUGCCAUUUAGCAGACGCUUUUAUCCAAAGCGACUUACAGUCAUGCGUGCAUACAUUUUUGUGUAUGGGUGGUCCCGGGGAUCGAACCCACUACCUUGGCGUUACAAGCGCCGUGCUCUACCAGCUGAGCUACAGAGGACCACCUGGAAAUAAAAUGGAUUUUAUGGGGGUUUGUAUCAUUUGUUUUACACAACAUGGCUACCACUUUGAAGAUGCAAAAUAUGUUUUAUUGUGAAACAACAAUAACAACAACAAUAAGACAAAAAAACUGAAAACUUGAGCGUGCAUAACUAUUCACUUCCCUAAAGUCAAUACUUUGUAGAGCCACCUUUUGUAGCAAUUACAGCUGCAAGUCUCUUGGGGUAUGGUUCUAUAAGCUUGGCACAUCUAGCCACUGGGAUUUUUGCCCAUUCUUCAAGGCAAAACUGCUCCACUUCCUUCAAGUUGGAUGGGUUCUGCUGGUGUACAGCAAUCUUUAAGUCAUACCACAGAUUCUCAAUUAGAUUGAGGUCUGGGCUUUGACUAGGCCAUUCCAAGACAUUUAAAUGUUUCCCCUUUAAACUACUUGAGUGUUGCUUUAGCAGUAUGCUUAGGUUCAUUGUCCUGCUGGAAGGUGAACCUCCGUCCCAGUCUCAAAUCUCUGGAAGACUGAAACAGGUUUCCCUCAAGAAUUUCCCUGUAUUUAGCGCCAUCCAUCAUUCCUUCAAUUCUGACCAGUUUCCCAGUCCCUGCCAAUGAAAAACAUCCCCAGAGCAUGAUGCUGCCACCACCAUGCUUCACUGUGGGGAUGGUGUUCUAGGGAUGAUGAGAAGUGUUGGGUUUGCGCCAGACAUAGUGUUUUCCUUGUUGGCCAAAAAGCUCAAUUUUAGUCUAAUCUGACCAGAGUACCUUCUUCCAUAUGUUUGGGGAGUCUCCCACAUGGCUUUUGGCGAACACCAAACGUGUUUGCUUAUUUUUUUCUUUAAGCAAUGGCUUUUUUCUGGCCACUCUUAUGUAAAGCCCAGCUCUGUGGAGUGUAUGCAAAUGUAUGCACUCACUAACUGUUAGUUGCUCUGGAUAAGAGCGUCUGCUAAAUGACUAAAAUGUAAAGUGUAAAUGUACGGCUUGAAGUGGUCCUAUGGACAGAUACUUCAAUCUCUGCUGUGGAGCUUUGCGACUCUUUCAGGGUUAUCUUUGGUCUCUUUGUUGCCUUUCUGAUUAAUGCCCUCCUUGCCUGGUCCGUGAGUUUUGGUGGGCGGCCCUCUCUUGGCAGGUUUGUUGUGGUGCCAUAUUCUUUCCAUUUUUUUAUAAUGGAUUUAAUGGUGCUCUGUGGGAUGUUCAAAGUUUCAGAUAUUUCUUUAUAACCUAACACUGAUCUGUACUUCUCCAAACUUUGUCCCUGACCUGUUUGGAGAGCUCCUUGGUCUUCAUGGUGCCACUUGCUUGGUGGUGCCCCUUGCUUAGUGGCGUUGCAGAUGCUGGGGCCUUUCAGAACAGGUGUAUAUAUACUGAGAUCAUGUGACAGAUCAUGUGAUACUUAGAUUGCACACAGGUGGACUUUAUUUAACUAAAAAUGUGACUUCUGAAGGUAAUUGGUUGCACCAGAUCUUAUUUAUGGGCUUCAUAGCAAAGGCGGUGAAUACAUAUGCACGCACCACUUUUCCGUUAUUUAUUUGUUCUAAUUUUUUGAAACAAGUUAUUUUUUUCAUUUCACUUCACCAAUUUGGACAACUUUGUGUAUGUCCAUUACAUGAAAUCCAAAUAAAAAUCAAUUUAAAUUACAGGUUGUAAUGCAAAAAAAUAGGAAAAAAUAACAAGUUCAUCUGGAAACUUUCAUUAUGCUCCACACCCUAAGAAGGCCUCUGUAAAACGGAGGUACUCCCUCCCUAGAAAUCUGGCUACUAUCAACCAAAAAUAAAGCCUUCUUUAAACCUAAUCCUCCAACCUGCUGUAAUACAAGACCUGCCACCCCUCUCCAAACCACAAUUUCCAGUCCAUAAAGCAACCUUUGAAUAAACUGAAAGCAGAAAGCAGCAGCCCUACUAGCAAGAUGUACAAGCCCUUGUCCCCCCUCCUCUUUUGACAAAUACAAAAGACUUUGUGGAACCCAAUGAUAUUUAUCCCAAAAUAUAUCUACAAUAAUCACCUGUAGCUUAGCCAGAAGGCCAGAUGGUGGCUCUAAAACUGACAACCGAUGCCACAGUGCAGAGGCAAUCACAUUGUUAACUAUAAUAGUGCGCCCCCUAUAUGACAUACGAGAUAACAACCAAUGCCAUCUCCUCAUCCUCCCUUCCACCAUUUCAACCACCCCAAUCCAAUUAUUUUCCAUUGUCCCCUCAUCUCCUAGGUAUACUCCAAGAUACUUAAAACCUCCAUUACACCAUUCCAGCCCCCCUGGCAAAGCCAUGAUCCCUCCAGACCAUUCUCCAAUCUGUAAAGCACAACUUUUUUCCCAAUUUACCUUUGCAGAGGAUAUUCCCCUAAAACGAUCAACCAUUAGACUCAAACUAUCCACCUCCGCUUGAUUUUUCACUAAAACAACUACAUCAUCAGCAUAGGCUGAGAGACGAAUAGGAGGAAUAUCUUCUGAAAGGUACACCCCUUCAAUGCGACUUCUAAUGCUAUUUAGUAGUGGCUCUAUAGCAAUGGCAUAUAACAUUCCCGACAAAGAACAUCCCUGCCUAAUACCUCUACACGCUUUAAAAGGAGCACUCAAACCACCGUUAACUUUCAAUACACUUUCAAUGUCACCAUAUAUCACCUUUAUGAUGGCAAUAAAACCAGAGCUGAACCCAAACGCCUCAAAAGUGUGCCAUAAGUAUUGAUGUUCAACUCGGUCAAAUGCCUUUUCCUGAUCAAUUGAAAUUAGACCAGCAUCCAACCCAAUAGCUCUAGAGACGUCCAAAAAAUCACGAAUCAGAGAAAUGUUAUCUGCCUGCCAGGAACACAGUAGGACUGGUCUGUAUGUAUGAUUUGCCCCAUCACCUCCCUCAGCCUGUUGGACAAAGCCUUUGACAGGAUCUUAUAAUCAGUGCACAAUAAACCCACUGGCCUCCAGUUCUUCACCUCCCUAGGGUCAACCUUUUUGGGCAGUCGGGUGAGGAUAGCCCUUCUGCAGCUUAUUGGUAGUAACCCUCCGGUUAAACUAUCAUUAACUACUGCUAGCCAAUCCUCUCAUCCAACAUAGCCCAAAAAUACUUAAAAAAGUCAACGGGAAGCCCAUCAGUGCCUGGUGCCCUUCCAUUUUCCAUGCCUUUUAAUGCAGUGUAUAGCUCCUGCAAAGACAAUGGUUGCUCUAGCUCAACCUGAGGUUCUGCAGCCACCUGUGAGAGCCCAUCAAGGAACUGCUGUGUCACUGUUUUAUCCCCUUUGUACUCACACUUGUAGAGCUCAGCAUAGAACUCUACUGCCCUCUUUCUAAUUUCACUAGGGCUAGUGAGCUCCUGUCCAACAGCUGAUUUGAGACAAUGAAUAAUUAAUCUUUGUCCAUUCUUUUUCUCUAAACCAAAGAAAAAUGUGGAUGAGGCAUCCAUUUCAGAGAUUCCCUGAAACUUACUUCUCACCAAUUCCCCCUGUGCUCUGAUACCCAGCAGGUCUGCCAAUGCAGAUUUUUUCCUCUUGAGGGCCUGAGUAUGGCCUCGAUCUCCUGUGGUCUCAACCAACGUCAUGAGUUCCACUAUUUCAGUCUCUAGGGCUUUCAUUGAUCUGGUGAUAUCCUUGGUGACAUUCCUCGUUUAUUGAUUACAGAAUUGUUGAAUAUGGAUUUUCCCUAUAUCCCACCACUGUUGAAGGGAUACAAAACUGGCCUUUUGAGACCUCCACCUCUCCCAGAAAAAAACUAAAACAUUUCCUGAAGUGAGCAUCACUCAAUAAAGUUAUAUUAAAAUGCAGUAUGCGCUUUUGGGUUUUACAUCGUUAAUGAACACCACCUCUGUUAUUAAACAAUGAUCAGAAAAUCCCACUGGGGUUAUCACACUUGAUUUACAGACCUGAGAUUGAUGCUCAAAACAAUAAAACCUAUCUAACUUGGCCAUAGAGAUGGUGUUCUCUCUUACAUGCGCCCAGGUGUACUGUCUCGUGCCUCCAUGUUGACUUCGCCAAAUAUCACACAGUUCAUGUGUUACAAUGAGGCGUUUUAAAAAAGUCCUUGAGGCUAUAUGAGGUUCUUUGUGAUUUCUAUCUGAAUCACUGAUUGUGCAGUUAAAAUCCCCAGCAAUAAAUAAAUAAUCUUCAUUAUUACAUUUCUCAAUGGUAUUUGAUAAUGUCUCUAAAAAACAUACCCUCUCAACUGCCACCACUGGGGCAUAUACAUUUAUCAGACACAUAGUGAUGUUUUCAUACCUUGCUCUAACUUUUAAUAACCUCCCCUCAACUACCUCUUCAACCUCAUAUGACAAAGGCAAAAACCCUUUUGAGAACAAGAUGGCCACACCCCCACUUUUUGAGUUUUUAUGACUACACACCACUGCCCCCCCUGACUCCUGUUGCCACACAACUUCAUUUUUCAAAUUACUAUGCGUUUCUUGUAGAAAAUGUAUGUCACUUCCCUUUCCCCUAAUUAACUCAUACACUAUGGCUCUUUUUUUUUUACGUCUCUUGCCCCAUUUACGUUUAAAGAAGAAAUCUUAAAACUGCUCAUGGAUGGAAAAAAAAAAUACAGAGGAAGACACAGAAACCACAUCUCUUUACAGAGUUAAGGCUGCGACUGAACUCUUUCAUUUUCUUUAGAAUUUCCAUCACUUAUCACUCUCGUGACCACUUUCUUGAGUCUAGCAAUUGUAGGGCUUGUCAAACCUCCCCCUGUUAUUUUUGACAUCAGAAACUUUGCUGAUUCAAUAAACAAUUCACUUUCAGGGAAAAAAAUCUGUUUUUCAACUUCAGAAAUUGACGUACCUUCUCAAUCCCAUACCUCCCUUCCACCCCAUUUAUCUCACUAUUUUGUUGUGACGCAUCAGAUGACUCACUCUCGCUAUCCUCCCCAGAAGAAAACUCCACCAUCUCUACAACCUGUUUAUCUUCAACUGAUUUAUCAAUCUCUACCUUCCUCUUGGAGUUAGACCCUUCACCACCCCUUACAUUCUUCUUCUUACUCCUCGGUGCUUUGAAAACAGCUGCUUCCUUUUCCAUUAUUUCAAUCUCCUAAUUUUUCCAGCACCCCCUCAGCGACUGCAGUCGCAAUCUCACCGACUUUUUCCCCUCCUUCUUUGUUCUGAUCUACCACAAUUGCCCCCGUAUACACACUGCCUCUCCUACUUUUCCAACCACAUCUGCCCACCUUCUCCCUUCCCCUGCACCCUUAGCAUGUUCAUCCCUUCACGUUGGUGCAUUAGCUGCACCAGCACUAGAGCUGCUACCAGACUCUGCGCGCUCGUUCUUGGGACAAUUACGUACCAAAUGCCCCUCUCUUCCACAGCCAAAGCAUUUCAUUGAUUCAGUAGAAGCGUAGAAUACAUAAUCAAAUCCAUCAAUCUUAAAAAUGAAUGCUAAAUUCAGUUCAUCAAUGUCCUUUUUUAAAACCAUAUUCACUUGUCUCCUAUGAGACACGACAUGUUUCAGCAACAGAGAUUUGCAUCCAAAAAUAACCUUCUUUAUUGUAGAUACAAUUUGACCAUGACGAGAUAACUCUCGCUCCAACACUUCAUCUCUAACAAAUGGUGGCACGUUAGAAAGUAUAACUUUCUUCGCCGGAUUCAUAAGCGGAAAUACCAGCGUCUAUGUCUCCCGCAACACAACACCACUCUCAACUAUCUUAUUCACCUUUUCAAUGGAAUCUAAAAAUAUCACUACAGCGCUAUUCAUCCUUGAGGCUUAUUUGAUGCUAUCAUACACAAUGAUAGCACCCACUGCCAAGCUACAUUCUUCCACUGAACACCCUGCCGCAGCAGGAAUCUUUACUCCAUGCCACCGACUAAGUUUUUCAAACUCCAAACUUCCACGAGUGGCCAUUGCAACCAGCCCCACCCGCUGGUUGUGCCCUCGCGAAAAACAACCUCAACGAUCCUACCACCCCUAUACGUGCUUAGUGAUACUUAGACAAGAUAACCUUAAAACAACUAAACUAAUCAAUAUAUAUAUAUAUAUAUAUACAGUGGGGAAAAAAAGUAUUUAGUCAGCCACCAAUUGUGCAAGUUCUCCCACUUAAAAAGAUGAGAGAGGCCUGUAAUUUUCAUCAUAGGUACAUGUCAACUAUGACAGACAAAAUGAGAGAGAAAAAAUCCAGAAAAUCACAUUGUAGGAUUUUUUAUGAAUUUAUUUGCAAAUUAUGGUGGAAAAUAAGUAUUUGGUCAAUAAAAAAAGUUUCUCAAUACUUUGUUAUAUACCCUUUGUUGGCAAUGACACAGGUCAAACGUUUUCUGUAAGUCUUCACAAGGUUUUCACACACUGUUGCUGGUAUUUUGGCCCAUUCCUCCAUGCAGAUCUCCUCUAGAGCAGUGAUGUUUUGGGGCUGUCGCUGGGCAACACAGACUUUCAACUCCCUCCAAAGAUUUUCUAUGAGGUUGAGAUCUGGAAACUGGCUAGGCCACUCCAGGACCUUGAAAUGCUUCUUACGAAGCCACUCCUUCAUUGCCCGGGCGUUGUGGUUGGGAUCAUUGUCAUGCUGAAAGACCCAGCUGUGUUUCAUCUUCAAUGCCCUUGCUGAUGGAAGGAGGUUUUCACUCAAAAUCUCACGAUACAUGGCCCCAUUCAUUCUUUCCUUUACACGGAUCAGUCCCUGGCGGCGUAGUGUGUUACUGAUGGUAGGCUUUGUUACUUUGGUCCCAGCUCUCUGCAGGUCAUUCACUAGGUCCCCCCGUGUGGUUCUGGGAUUUUUGCUCACCGUUCUUGUGAUCAUUUUGACCCCACGGGGUGAGAACUUGCGUGGAGCCCCACAUCGAGGGAGAUUAUCAGUGGUCUUGUAUGUCUUCCAUUUCCUAAUAAUUGCUCCCACAGUUGAUUUAUUCAAACCAAGCUGCUUACCUAUUGCAGAUUCAGUCUUUCCAGCCUGGUGCAGGUCUACAAUUCUGUUUCUGGUGUCCUUUGGCAGCUCUUUGGUCUUGGCCAUAGUGGAGUUUGGAGUGUGACUGUUUGAGGUUGUGGACAGGUGUCUUUUAUUACAUUUACAUUUUAGUCAUUUAGCAGACGCUCUUAUCCAGAGCGACUUACAAGAGCAAUUAGGGUUAAGUGCCUUGCUCAAGGGCACAUUUACGUCAUUUAGCAGACGCUCUUAUCCAGAGCGACUCACCAAUUGGUGCGUUCACCCUAUAGCCAGUGGGAUAACCACUUUACAAUUUUUUUUUUUUUUUGGGGGGGGGGGGGGGGGGGGUAGAAGGAUUACUUUAUCCUAUCCCAGGUAUUCCUUAAAGAGGUGGGGUUUCAAAUGUCUCCGGAAGGUGGUGAGUGACUCCGCUGUCCUGGCGUCAUGAGGGAGCUUGUUCCACCAUUGGGGUGCCAGAGCAGCGAACAGUUUUGACUGGGCUGAGCGGGAACUAUGCUUCCGCAGAGGAAGGGGAGCCAGCAGGCCAGAGGUGGAUGAACGCAAUGCCCUCGUUUGGGUGUAGGGACUGAUCAGAGCCCGAAGGUACAGAGGUGCCGUUCCCCUCACUGCUCCAUAGGCAAGCACCAUGGUCUUGUAGCGGAUGCGAGCUUCAACUGGAAGCCAGUGGAGUGUGCGGAGGAGGGGGGUGACGUGAGAGAACUUGGGAAGGUUGAACACCAGACGGGCUGCGGCAUUCUGGAUGAGUUGUAGGGGUUUAAUGGCACAGGCAGGGAGGCCAGCCAACAGCGAGUUGCAGUAGUCCAGACGGGAGAUGACAAGUGCCUGGAUUAGGACCUGUGCCGCUUCCUGUGUAAGGCAGGGUCGUACUCUCUGAAUGUUGUAGAGCAUGAACCUGCAGGAGCGGGUCACCGCCUUGAUGUUGGCGGAGAACGACAGGGUGUUGUCCAGGGUCACGCCUAGGCUCUUCGCACUCUGGGAGGAGGACACAGCGGAGUUGUCAACCGUGAUGGCGAGAUCAUGGAACGGGCAGUCCUUCCCCGGGAGGAAGAGCAGCUCCGUCUUGCCAGGGUUCACUUUGAGGUGGUGAUCCGUCAUCCAUACUGAUAUGUCUGCCAGACAUGCAGAGAUGCGAUUCGCCACCUGGUUAUCAGAAGGGGGAAAGGAGAAGAUUAGUUGUGUAUCGUCAGCGUAGAAAUGAUAGGAGAGGCCAUGUGAGGAUAUGACAGAGCCAAGUGACUUGGUGUAUAGGGAGAAAAGGAGAGGGCCUAGAACUGAGCCCUGGGGGACACCAGUGGUGAGAGCACGUGGUGCGGAGACAGCUUCUCGCCACGCCACUUGGUAGGAGCGACCGGUCAGGUAGGACGCAAUCCAGGAGUGAGCCGCGCCGGAGAUGCCCAGCUCGGAGAGGGUGGAGAGGAGGAUCUGAUGGUUCACAGUAUCAAAGGCAGCAGACAGGUCUAGAAGGACAAGAGCAGAGGAGAGAGAGUUAGCUUUAGCAGUGCGGAGAGCCUCCGUGACACAGAGAAGAGCAGUCUCAGUUGAAUGACCAGUCCUGAAACCUGACUGGUUUGGAUCAAGAAGGUCAUUCUGAGAGAGAUAGCAAGAGAGUUGGCUAAAGACGGCACGCUCAAUAGUUUUGGAAAGAAAAGAAAGAAGGGAUACUGGUCUGUAGUUGUUGACAUCAGUGGGAUCGAGUGUUGGUUUUUUGAGAAGGGGAGCAACUCUCGCUCUCUUGAAGACGGAAGGGACAUGGCCAGCGGUCAAGGAUGAGUUGAUCAGCGAGGUGAGGUAGGGGAGAAGGUCACCGGAGAUGGUCUGGAGAAGAGAGGAGGGGAUGGGGUCAAGCGGGCAGGUUGUUGGGCGGCCUGCAGUCACAAGUCGCAGGAUUUUAUCUGGAGAGAGAGGGGAGAAAGAAGUCAAAGCAUAGGGUAGGGCAGUGUGAGUAGGACCAGCAUUUUAUACUGAUAACAAUUUCAAACAGGUGCCAUUAAUACAGGUAACGAGUGGAGGACAGAGGAGCCUCUUAAAGAAGAAGUUACAGGUCUGUGAGUGCUAGACAUCUUGCUUGUUUGUAGGUGACCAAAUACUUAUUUUCCACCAUAAUUUGCAAAUAAAUUCAUUAAAAAUCCUACAAUGUGAUUUUUAGGAUUUUUUUUCUCAAUUUGUCUGUCAUAGUUGACGUGUACCUAUGAUGAAAAUUACAGGCCUCUCUCAUCUUUUUAAGUGGGAGAACUUGCACAAUUGGUGGCUGACUAAAUACUUUUUUUCCCCACUGUAUACACCAAAACCCAAUAGAGUGAAAAUAAUUCCAGUCGCUCUAACAAUCACUCCUGCUUCAUGACUCACUCCCAGCAUGCACUCCGACGAGAGAGAGAGAGAGAGAGAGAGAGAGAGAGAGAGAGAGAGAGAGAGAGAGAGAGAGAGAGAGAGAGAGAGAGAGAGAGAGAGAGAGAGAGAGAGAGAGAGAGAGAGAGAGAGAGAGAGAGAGAGCUGAGGCCAGGUAGUCCUGAGGCAUGGGGGAGAGAGAAUUAGAGGGAGCAUACUUAAAUUCACACAGGACACCAGACAGGAGUAUUACACCAGAUAUAACAGACUGACCCUAGCCCCCCUGCACAUAGACUAUUGCAGCAUAGAUACUGGAGGCUGAGACAUGGGGGAGUCGGGGGACACUGAGGCCCUGUCCGACGAUACCCCCAAACAGGGCCAACCAGGCAGAAUAUAACCCCACCCACUUUACCAAAGCACACACAGCCCGCACACCACCAGGGAUAUCAACAGACCACCAACUUACUACCCUGAGACAAAGCUGAGUAUAGCCCACGAAGAUCUCCUCCACCACACCAGCCCGAGGGGAAGCAAAACCAAAACCAGACAGGAAAUCACGUCUUUGACUCAACCCACUCAAGUGACGCACCCCUCCUAGGGACGGCAUGGAAGAGCACUAGUAAGCCAGUGACUCAGCCCCCAUAUUAGGGUCAGAGGCAGAUAAUCCCAGUGGAGAGAGGGUAGCCGGCCAGGCAGAGUCAGCAAGGGCGGUUCGUCGCUCCAGUGCCUUGCCGUUCACCUUUGCACCCCUGGGCCAGACUACACUCAAUCAUAGGACAUACUGAAGAGACUUCAGUAAAGACAAAGGUCGAGACCGAGUCUGUGUCUCUCACAUGGAUAGGCAGACCAUUCCAUAAAAAUUGAGCUCUAUAGGAGAAUGCCCUGCCUCCAGCUGUUUGCUUAAAAAUUCUAGGGACAAUAAGGAGGCCUGCGUCUUGUGAACGUAGCGUACGUGUAGGUAUGUACGGCAGGACCAAAUCGGAGAGAUAGGUAGGAGGAAACCCAUGUAAUGCUUUGUAGGUUAUCAGUAAAACCUUGAAAUCAACCCUAGCCUUAACAGGAAGCCAGAGGCUAUCACUGGAGUAAUAUGAUCACAUUUUUUUGUUCUAGUCAAGAUUCUAGCAGCCGUGUUUAGCACUAACUGAAGUUUAUAUGGUGCUCCCAAGGUAAGUAAAACUGUGGGAUUUUGACUGCUUUUGCUGUGUUGAUGUUGAUGGGCGUGACCUUUGCCUUGCUGCAGUUGAUAACCAGGCCGACUUGCUGGCCAAAGGACCGGACUCUUGUCAGUUUUAUCUUGUAGAUGUUGGUGUGUGUGUGAUAAAAUGAGCCAGGUCUUCUGUGAAGUCAAGGUCUUCUAGAGUAGAAUACAAGGUCUAUCAUAUUCCUCUUGCCUGCUCUUCUGUUGUUCGCCGCAUGACCCAGUCUAUUGCCCGGUUGAAGAGUAAGUCUGACAUCACACAACCUUGACGAACUCCAGACUUCACAGCAAAGCUCAUGUUGCUCGUUCGCACAAUGCAUGAAAAGUUGCUGUAGAACUGUUUUAUGAUGUUAACAACAUGGGUGGGGAUUCCAUAAAUUCUUAAGAUCUUUCAUAGGCUUUCGCAGUGAAUGCUGUCAACAGCCUUCUGGAAGUCAAUAAAAUUGAUGUAGAGUUUACGUUGCCACUCACUACAUUGCUCAAUGAUGUUCCUGAGGGCGAAGACCUGGUCUGUACAUCUCCUUCCUCCCCUAAAACCUGCUUGUUCAUUCCUAAGCACUUUGUCUAUAGCUGAAGACAUCCUUUGUAUGAUAAUCUUGCGAAAGAUCUUGCUGGGAACGGAUAAGUGUGAUGCCCCUCCAGUUGUUGCAAUCGGAUACUGUGCCCUUCUUAGGUACCUGUAUGAUGACCCCCUUGGUCCAAUCUGAAGGUAUCUUUCCCUUCAUCCAGAUGUGAGUGAAGAGUGGAAGAAGGAUGUUUGCAGCCAAUACUGGAUCGAUUUUGAAAAGCUCUGCAUUGAGGUUACCAGGACCUGGAGCUUUCCCAUUCUUUAUUGGUUGGUCAGUGUUUAUGUCUAGAUCUUCUGGAGCAGCUUCAGGUGUGUUAAUUGAAUCCAUAGGGGGUUCUCUGUUAAGAACCUCUGAAAUGUUCUGUCCAUCUUGCUUGCUGUUAAUUUUUCUGUAGUCAGGAGAUUGCCUUCGAUUUGAGUAUUUCACUUGAAUUUUCUGCCACAGGUUAGUGAUUUUGUAUACUGCUCCUUUUUCAGCUGCAUUUGCCUCCUCCUCCAUGUAGGACCCUUUGUCUCUUCUUACUCACCUUUUGACUUGUGUGUUGAUUUUUCUGUACUGCUCCUCCAAUUUUAACAUUUUUGAUUUGGCAUCUGUUGUUUUCUUUUUCAGGUCCCUUCUUUCCACAAUCAUUUCCCAUGUUUCUGGGGUGAUCCAUUCCUUGCGUUGCCUUCUUCUGUGUCCUAUGGUUUUCUUGCUGCUUUACAUUUUAGUCAUUUAGCAGACGCUCUUAUCCAGAGCGACUUACAGUUAGUGAGUGCAUACAUUAUUCUUUUUUAUAUAUAUAUUUUUUUUUACUGGCCCCCCAUGGGUAGUGAACCCACAACCCUGGCGUUGCAAACACCAUGCUCAACCAACUGACCUACAUCCCUGCCGGCCAUUCCCUCCCCUAUCCUGGACGACGCUGGGCCAAUUGUGCACCGCCCCAUGGGUCUCCCGGUCGCGGCCGGCUACGACAGAGCCUGGAUUCGAACCAGGAUCUCUAGUGGCACAGCUAGCACUGCAAUACAGUGCCUUAGACCACUGCGCCACUCGGGAGAUUACUGUUUUCACUGUAAGUUUUAACCACUUUCUCCCACUUUCUGUCUAUAUUUCCUUCAGUUGCCUCCUCAUCUUCUUCUUCUGUGUUGUUUGAAAGGGCUUGAUACUUGUUGCGAACUUGCAUUAUGAAGGUUUUCUUGACGGUUCGGUCCCUCAGCAUGCCAACAUCAAAUCUUGUUGUUCCUUUUGUCGGUGGUCUUGAACAUUUCAGCUUUAUUUUGGCUGUCGGCAGUCACAAGAUGGUGGUCACUUGCGACAACUGCCCCCCUUCGCACCUUGACGUCCCUCAGCGAGGCUCUCCACUUGCCAUUGAUCAUCAGGUGGUCAAUAUGGUUAUUCUCUCUUCCAUUAGGAGAGUACCAUGUCAGCUUGGAUAUUCUUGUGGGGAAACAGGAUGCCACCAAUCACCAGGUUAUUUGUGAUGCAGAAUGUUGCCAGUCUCUCACCAUUGUCAUUCAUCUCUCCACAGCCGUGCUUCCCUAUUGUGGUCCUCUGUAGCUCAGCUGGUAGAGCACGGCGCUUGUAACACCAAGGUAGUGGGUUCGAUCCCAGGGACCACCCAUACACAAAAAUGUAUGCACGCGUGACUGCAAGUCGCUUUGGAUAAAAGCGUCUGCUAAAUGGCAUAUUAUAUUAUUAUUAUUGUUCUCUCGUAGUUGGUGUUGUCGGUGCCAACCUUUGCAUUCAGGUCUCCGAUGACAAGGAGCAGGUCUUGAACAGGUGUCUUCUCUACUUCAGAUUGGAGGGUGUUAUAGAACAGAUAUUUUUCUUCAUCUUUGGCAUCGUUUGUGGGAGCAUAACAUUGGAUUAUUGUUAGUUUGAUAUGUUGUCCAUUGAGUCUGGCUUUUUUAAUUCUGCUGCUGAUUAGUUUCCAUUCCAUUAUAGUUUUCUCUACCCCUUUCUGAAGGAUGAUGGCGACACCUUCAUGAUGUUGUCCGUCCUCCCGUCCAGAGUGUAGUACUGUUCCUCCAGUGCUGGUUAUUGUGGAACCAGAGCUAGUCCACCUGGCUUUACUCGCUCCCAGGUAACCUGUGCCAGCUUUCCAGACUCAAACAUUUUUAGAACAUUCCAUAAGCCAAAUUGCAGUUUUGGUGUUCAGUGCUCCCAUCUUCACGUCACCAGUUUCCCGUAGGCUUUGUCAUGACUCUCCCUUGGUGAGGAUCAAAGGUGCCAGAUCAGCUUGGCAAAUGGCUGACAGAUAGCCAGACCCCCCCCUCUCUCCCACAGGAGAGGAGAAGGGGGAGUUAGGAUGGUUUUAUGACUUUUAGUUUGCAGAAAAGGACUCCUUUUGGUCUCUAGUAUGGGAAAAAAUAAAUAUCUUUGUUACAGAGAGACUCUUGACGCCUAAAAACUCUAACGUCAAAAGAUUGGACAUUGGAACAUUAUUCCUGACCUCCAAAUGUUUGGAAUGGUCAGUGGGGAUCUAAAGAAUAAUCAUGUCAUAUUGUUUAUUAUUUUGUUAUGUCAUUAAUGAUGGUAUCAAGAAAUAACUGUAACUUGGAAAGUGUACAUAUUCUAUCUAUCAAGUUUACAUCUAAAUGUUGUAUAAAAUAUAUGAUUAAGUAUGAGAGUAUUUUGGUGAAGAUAGGAAUGUGAUUUUAGUCUUCUAAUGAGAUAAUAGUUUUUCAUAUAAACUAUGUACAGUGACUAGCCACGCCCCGAGUGACAUCAGAGAUCGUGUUAUCACGAUGGAAAACACACUUUUACCCAGAGGGCAUAAAAAGCCUUGAAAUCAACCUUUAGACCAGGAAGCGUGGAGCUGUGGCUACAUGGCUUAAAAUGGUUAGACCAGAAAGACCAGCAAAUGUGAGCAUUGAGACUGCACAUUUAGAAUGGUUAGAACUUUGAAUGAGAAAGAUCAGCCGACGUGAAGCGCGAUCUCACGUUACAAAUGGUUGAACCUCUACAGACCAGAAAACGUGAGACGGUAGUCCAUACGUUUGAAAUGGAGAAACUCUGAAACUCUCAAUCUCUACACGAGAAGAAGACCACGCACUAGACCUUAUCAUAUCAGUCUGCAGCUGUACAUGUAAAGUUGUCAGAACUUUCACUAAAGACACGAGUUGGGAAGGACAAUCCCUCUCAGACAACCGUUGGUACAUCUGAAGUAUCUAUUCUAACGAACACUCCACUCUAAGACAAGCCGAGUCUCACCGAAGUGGGAUAGGACACUCAAACCCUUUUUGAGAAAGUGGUUCAACAGAGAGACGACAAUCAAGGACAGCUACGCUUAAAUAUGCCUUGCAUUUCUUAUCCGAAUGAGCGGUGGUUUCCAAAUGUAACAACAAUAAGUUGAAUAUCUGCCUCUCCCCUUCACUCUCUUUCUAUUCACCCCUCAUUCCCCUAACCAAGCAGUCAUGCUAUUGUCAGUCCAGUCCACUAGGGACCUGUUUUCAUUGUAUUACAUUAGUAAUCAGUAACCUAUACCGUGUGUGUGUAUUUGUAUUCUGUGUUAUUAUUUAGUUAUUUAAUUAAGCCAAUUUGUGUAUUGCUGAUUCAUCAAUAAGGUUAGGAUUCUUGCAGGUUCAACGAUUAUGCGACACUCCGAAUGAGACUGAUGAGGUAAUGAUUUAAUAAGUGACUGUUAUCGAUAUAUAACAUACUGUAUAUAUAUAUCUUCUAAGAGUUUAAUUCGGGAGAUGGUAACUCGUUAAACAACUUCUUCCGUGGUGCCCCAAAUUCCUAAUGAGUUAAUUGUUACAUUAUUAAUUUAAUUGAGUGACAAUUAAACAUAGUUAGUUGAUUCGAUAAAUAACAGUCAUCACAUUAAUAUAAGUCACGUCACGACAGCUUUCACUGAUGGCGGUCAUACAAGUCUAGGACUCUGGGAGAUCUUAGCAUCUAGUUGUAGGAUUGUUAUUUGUUGCUGUAGUACAAAGGUUUUACGGGAUGGGGUUGCUAGCCCCAUGCCCAACCAUCUACCAUUUCUGGUUUUGGGAGAUGUGUGUGUGUCUGUGGUGGUUAAAGGUGGGCGGGUAUCCAGGUUAUCUGGAGCUGCCUUCUUGGCUAGGGGUGACAUUCACAAUGGAUUCACAAGCCAUUUCUUCUUAUCUGCCUUUUCUUAUGUCAACAAUAGACAAGAUGAACGUUAUGAGAUGUUGCUGUCUCUCAUAAAGGUUAUUGGAAAUGGCUUUCAGUCUUGUCUUAUGUUGGUUCUUAUGAAGACGGUUAAAGGGAUUCCUGAAAAUGGGGUGUUAACUUAACGGUAGCUACAUUUGUGUAAGUCACAGUUGUGAGAGAACAAGCUUGCACUGGAAUAUAUUUAGUUGAACUUGACUCUCAAACUAAUAAUAAUAAUAUUUUUAACCCUUUCUUUCCCAGUUGGAGUAUUGCUCCAGUGCACUCAGCUGGAUAGUGGAAGCCCUCUCACAGAGCAACAUGGUCAAACCCACUCGCCCCCCGCCAACACUUAGAGGUACCUCCCAAUAUACAGUGCAUUCGGAAAGUGUUCAGACCCCUUGACUUUUUCCACAUUUUGUUACGUUACAGCCUUAUUUUAAAAUUGAUUAAAUUGUUUUUUCCCCAUCAUCAAUCUACACACAACACCCCAUAAUAACAAAGCCAAAACAGGUUUUUUGAAAUGUUUGCAAAUGUAUUAAAAUAAAAAAAAUGGAAAUAUCACAUUUACAUAAGUAUUCAGAACCUUUAGUCAGUAUUUUGCUGAAGCACCAUUGGCAGCGAUUAUAGCCUCGAUUCUUCUUGGGUAUGACGCUACAAGCUUGGCAUACCUGUAUUUGGGGAGUUUCUCCCAUUCUUUUCUGCAGUGUUUUUCGAUCGGGUUCAAGUCCGGGCUCUGGCUGGGCCACUCAAGGACAUUCAGAGACUUGCCCCGAAGCCAAUCCUGCGUAGUCUUAUCUGUGUGCAUCUGGAGCAGGUUUCCAGCAAGGAUCUGGAGCAUAUUUCCCUUGAUCCUGACUAGUCUCCCAGUCCCUGCUGCUGAAAAACAUCCCCACAGCAUGAUGCUGCCACCACCAUUAUUAACCGUAGGGAUGGUGCUAGGUUUCCUCCAGACAUGACGCUUGGCAUUCAGGCCAAAGAGUUCAAUCUUGGUUUCAUCAGACCAGAGAAUCUUGUUUCUCAUUGUCUGAGAGUCCUUUAGGUGCCUUUUGGCAAACUCCAAGCGGGCUGUCAUGUGCCUUUUAUUGAGGAGUGGCUUCCGUCUGGCCACUCUACCAUAAAGGCCUGAUUGGUGGAGUGCUGCAGAGAUGGAUGUCCUUCUGGAACGUUCUCCCAUCUCCACAGAGGAACUCUGGAGCUCUGUCAGAGUGACCAUCGGGUUCUUGGUCACCUCCAUGACAAAGGCCCUUCUCCCCCGAUUGCUCAGUUUGGCCGGGUGUCCAGCUUUAGGAAGAGUCUUGGUGGUUCCAAACUUCUUCCAUUUAAGAAUGAUGGAAGCCACUGUGUUAUUGGGGACCUUCAAUGCUGCAGACAUUUUUUGGUACCCUUCCCCAGAUCUAUGCCUCGACACAAUCCUGUCUCGUAGCUCUACGAACAAUUCCUUUGACCUCAUAGCUUUGUUUUUGUUCUGACAUGCACUGUCAACUUUGGGACCUUAUAUAGACAGGUGUGUGCCUUUCCAAAUCAUAUCCAAUCAAUUAAAUUUACCACAGGUGGACUCCAAUGAAGUUGUAGAAACAUCUCAAGGAUGAUCAAUGAAAACAGGAUGCACCUGAGCUCAAUUUUGAGUCUCAUAGCAAAGGGUCUGAAUACUUACUUAUUUACAAAUGUUUUACUAAAAUGUCUAAAAACCUGUUUUUGCUUUCUCAUUAUGGCGUGUUGUGUGUAGAUUGAUGAUGAAAAAAAUGUAUUUGAUCAAUUUUAGAAUAAUGCUGUAAUGUAACAAAAUGUGGAAAAAGUCAAGGGGUCUGAAUACUUUCUGAAUGCACUGUGUCCCCACAACCUUAAUGCUGAGAACAUGAUUAGUAAACACGUUUCAUUCAUCUGCUAAAUCUCUUAUCCAGAGUUUUUAACCAGUACAUACCAAUGAUGUACAGUGGGCUUGUGAAAGUAUUCAACCCCCUUGGCAUUUCUUCUAUUUUGUUGCCUUACAACCUGGAAUUAAAAUUGAUUUUCUGGUGGGUUUGUAUCAUUUGAUUUACACAACAUGCCUACCACUUUGAAGAUGCACAAUAUGUUUUAUUGUGAAACAAACAAGAAAUAAGACCAAAAAAAAAGAAACUUGAGUGUGCAUAACUAUUCACCCCCCCAAAGUCAAUACUUUGUAGAGCCACCUUUUGCAGCAAUUACAGCUGCAAGUCUCUUGGGGUAUGUCUCUACAAGCUUGGCACAUCUAGCCACUGGGAUUUUUGCCCAUUCUUCAAGGCAAAACUGCGCAAGCUCCUUCAAGUUGGAUGGGUUCCGAUGUUGUAUCUUUAAGUCAUACCACAGAUUCUCAAUUGGUUUGAGGUCUGGGCUUUGACUAGGCUAUUCCAAGACAAUCUUUCCCCUUAAACAUUUUAGCAGACACUCUUAUCCAGAGCAACUUACAGUUAGUGGAUGCAUACAUGUAUUUAUUUAUUUUUAUUUUGGUUCAUACUGGCGCCCCGUGGGAAACGAACCCACAUCCCUGCCAGCCAAAUCCUCCCCUACCUUGGACAACGCUGGACCAAUUGUGCACUCCCAUGGGUCUCCCGGUCGCGGCCGGCUGCAACAGAGCCUGGACUCAAACCAGGAUCUCUAGUGGCACAGCUAGCACUGCGAUGCAGUGCCUUAGACCACUGCGCCACUCGGGAACCAAUCGAGUGUUGCUUUAGCAGUAUGCUUAGGGUCAUUGUCCUGCUGGAAGGUGAACCUCCGUCCAAGUCUCAAAUCUCUGGAAGACUGAAACAGGUUUCCCUCAAGAGUUUCCCUGUAUUUAGCGCCAUCCAUCAUUCCUUCAAUUCUGACCAGUUUCCUAGUCCCUGCCGAUGAAAAACAUCCCCACAGCAUGAUGUUGCCACCACCAUGCUUCACUGUGGGGAUGGUGUUCUCAGGGUGAUGAGAGGUGUUGGGUUUCCGCCAGACAUAGCGUUUUCCUUAAUGGCCAAAAAGCUCAAUUUUAGUCUCAUCUGACCAGAGUACCUUCUUCCAUAUGUUUGGGGCGUCUCCCACAUGCCUUUUGAUGAACACCAAACGUGUUUGCCAAUUUUUUCUUUAAGCAAUAGCUUUUUUCUGGCCACUCCUCUGUAAAGCCCAGCUCUGUGGAGUACUCCACAAGUAUCCUCUGUGGAUACUCCAAUCUUCGCUGUGGAGCUUUGCAGCUCCUUCAGGGUUAUCUUUGGUCUGUUUGUUGCCUCUCUAAUUAAUGUCCUCCUUGCCUGGUCUGUGAGUUUUGGUGGGCGGCCCUCUCUUGGCAGGUUUGUUGUGGUGCCAUAUUCUUUCCAUUUUUUAAUAAUGUAUUUAAUGGUGCUCUGUGGGAUGUUCAAAGUUUCAGAUAUUCUUUUAUAACCCAACCCUGAUCUGUACUUCUCCACAACUUUGUCCUUGACCUGUUUGGAGAGCUCCUUGGUCUUCAUGGUGCCGCUUGCUUGGUGGUGCCCCUUGCUUAGUGGUGUUGCAGACUCUGGGGCCUUUCAGAACAGAUGUAUAUAUACUGAGAUCAUGUGACAGAUCAUGUGACACUUAGAUUGCACACAGGUGGACUUUAACUAAUGAUAUGACUUCUGAAGGUAAUUGGUUGCACCAGAUCUUAUUUAGGGGCUUCAUUGCGAAAGGGGUGAAUACAUGUGCACGCACCACUUUUACGCUAUUUAUUUGUAAUCAUUUUUUGAAACAAGUUAUUUUUGUUAUUUCACUUCACCAAUUUGGACAAUUUUGUGUAUGUCCAUUACAUGAAAUCCAAAUAAAAAUUCAUUUAAAUUACAGGUUGUAAUCCAACAAAAUAGGAAAAACGCCAAGGGGGAUGAAUACUUUUGCAAGGCACUAUAUGCUACGUACAACAAACCCAAUUGCAUUUUAUCGAUGGCAAUUUGAAUGCACAAAAAUACCGUGACGAGAUCCUAAGGCCCAUUGUGAGGCCCAUUUUUUAAAAGUUAUCGGUGACCAACAGAUGCAUAUCUGUAUUCCCAGUCAUGUGAAAUCCAUAGAUUAGGGCCUAAUGCAUUUAUUUCAAUUGACUGAUUUCCUCAAAUGAACUGUAACAUGUUGCGUUUAUAUUUUUAUCAGUAUACAGUGGGGAAAAAAAGUAUUUAGUCAGCCACCAAUUGUGCAAGUUCUCCCACUUAAAAAGAUGAGAGAGGCCUGUAAUUUUCAUCAUAGGUACACGUCAACUAUGACAGACAAAUUGAGAAUUUUUUUUCCUGAAAAUCACAUUGUAGGAUUUUUUAUGAAUUUAUUUGCAAAUUAUGGUGGAAAAUAAGUAUUUGGUCACCUACAAACAAGCAAGAUUUCUGGCUCUCACAGACCUGUAACUUCUUCUUUAAGAGGCUCCUCUGUCCUCCACUCGUUACCUGUAUUAAUGGCACCUGUUUGAACUUGUUAUCAGUAUAAAAGACACCUGUCCACAACCUCAAACAGUCACACUCCAAACUCCACUAAGAGCUGUCAAAGGACACCAGAAACAAAAUUGUAGACCUGCACCAGGCUGGGAAGACUGAAUCUGCAAUAGGUAAGGAGCUUGGUUUGAAGAAAUCAACUGUGGGAGCAAUUAUUAGGAAAUGGAAGACAUACAAGACCACUGAUAAUCUCCCUCGAUCUGGGGCUCCACGCAAGAUCUCACCCCGUGGGGUCAAAAUGAUCACAAGAACGGUGAGCAAAAAUCCCAGAACCACACGGGGGGACCUAGUGAAUGACCUGCAGAGAGCUGGGACCAAAGUAACAAAGCCUACCAUCAGUAACACACUACGCCGCCAGGGACACAAAUCCUGCAGUGCCAGACGUGUCCCCUUGCUUAAGCCAGUACAUGUCCAGGCCCGUCUGAAGUUUGCUAGAGUGCAUUUGGAUGAUCCAGAAGAGGAUUGGGAGAAUGUCAUAUGGUCAGAUGAAACCAAAAUAUUACUUUUUGGUAAAAACUCAACUCGUCGUGUUUGGAGGACAAAGAAUGCUGAGUUGCAUCCAAAGAACACCAUACCUACUGUGAAGCAUGGGGGUGGAAACAUCAUGCUUUGGGGCUGUUUUUCUGCAAAGGGACCAGGAUGACUGAUCAGUGUAAAGGAAAGAAUGAAUGGGGCCAUGUAAUGUGAGAUUUUGAGUGAAAACCUCCUUCCAUCAGCAAGGGCAUUGAAGAUGAAACGUGGCUGGGUCUUCAAUAUGACAAUGAUCCCAAACACACCGCCCGGGCAACGAAGGAGUGGCUUCGUAAGAAGCAUUUCAAGGUCCUGGAGUGGCCUAGCCAGUCUCCAGAUCUCAACCCCAUAGAAAAUCUUUGGAGGGAGUUGAAAGUCCGUGUUGCCCAGCGACAGCCCCAAAACAUCACUGCUCUAGAGGAGAUCUGCAUGGAGGAAUGGGCCAAAAUACCAGCAACAGUGUGUGAAAACCUUGUGAAGACUUACAGAAAACGUUUGACCUGUGUCAUUGCCAACAAAGGGUAUAUAACAAAGUAUUGAGAAACUUUUGUUAUUGACCAAAUACUUAUUUUCCACCAUAAUUUGCAAAUAAAUUCAUAAAAAAUCCUACAAUGUGAUUUUCUGGAUUUUUUUCUCUCAUUUUGUCUGUCAUAGUUGACGUGUACCUGUGAUGAAAAUUACAGGCCUCUCUCAUCUUUUUAAGUGGGAGAACUUGCACAAUUGGUGGCUGACUAAAUACUUUUUUCCCCCACUGUAUAUAUACAAUUUUAUUCAAUUCUGUUCUUUUUGUUAUUGAUAUUUGUUUUGUAAGUAUUUUAUCUGAUUGCGUUUGACUGGUUUGCACAAAGUCAGUGUCUAUAGUAAUUUGAGUCAAAGAUCAAAUGUAUUGUCCCUUCUCUGUUUUUCUCUCAUUCUCCAGAACCAUUCCCUUCCUCAUCCGCUUCCAUCUGAUCCUGUCUUUGUUUACAUGCCAAGCCAUUCAGGGUCACUGA